AGUUGCACUUCUGAGCAGUUUGUGAAUCCCCAGCCUUGCCUCAGGUGUAGGGAUUGCAUAGAAAAACAAAACUACACACAGCCAGCCUCUGUGUAGUUUUGUUUUACUAAGCAAGAGGCUUGACCGUUUACACACUGGAAUUGUCUAAUAUCAGUCUUUGGGAUAAGGACGUCAUUUUCAAAACUUUGGGCUCAGCCCCAACCUUUUUAGGCACUCUGAAGAAAUCAGAGUGCCUAUAAAGAUGGCUGAACAAGCACCGACGUUUAUACAGCCAAUACAAAGUGUUGUGGUACUGGAGGGUAGUACCGCAACCUUUGAGGCUCAGAUCAGCGGAUUUCCAGUUCCUAAGGUGAGCUGGUUCAGAGAUGGCCAGGUUAUUUCCCCUGCAACACUGCCCGGUGUUCAGAUCUCGUUUAGCGAUGGCCGCGCUAAACUUGAGAUCCCAACCGCAACAGCAGCACACAGUGGGGAAUACUCCUUAAGAGCCGCCAAUGGAGAAGGACAAGCAACAAGUACAGCUGAAUUACUCAUAACAGCUGAAACAGCACCCCCAAAUUUUACACAAAGACUACAAUCGACGACAGUAAAACAAGGCAGUCAAGUUCGACUUGACGUCCAAGUGAGUGGAAUCCCUACACCUGUAGUGAAGUUCUACAGGGAGGGAGCUGAAAUUCAUAGCUCCCAAGAUUUUCAGAUCAUCCAAGAUGGAGACCUCUGCAGUUUGAUUAUUGCAGAAGCUUACCCUGAAGAUUCUGGAACGUAUUCAGUAAAUGCAACUAAUAAUGUUGGACGUGCUACUUCUACAGCUGAACUUACAGUUCAAGCUGAAGAAGAAAUACCUACUACAAAGACUAAGACCAUCGUUUCGACUGCUCAGAUUUCCCAAACAAGACAAGCACGUUUCGAAAAGAGUGUAGAGGCCCAUUAUGAAGCCAAAUCUAGCACCACAGUUGAGAUGGUUAUUGACAGCACUAUAGGCGUGCAGCUGCCUCAUAAAGCUCCUCCCAGAAUUCCUCCAAAGUCCACAUCCAAGUCUCCUACACCACCAGCGAUCUCUUCCAAGGUUCAGAUGGUGAGACAGCAGUCUCCCUCUCCCGUCAGACCACUUAAAGCCCCCGUACCUUCACCUGUCAGGUCAGUGUCUCCGGCUGGAAGACCAUCCACAUCUCCCAUAAGAUCGGUGAGAUCUUCUCACCUUGCAAGGUCUACACCAACAGCUGUAGGUCAAGAUGUUCUUCCACCAUGGAAACAAGAGGUCUUUAUAUCCAGAACUGACACAUAUAUCAAGACAGAAGAGAGAUUUGAAGCAAGGGAGCAGGUUGAUGUGACUGGCGUUAUUGGACCAGAGGCUGAAGAAGCAGCCAGUGUUCCAGAGCCAGAAGAGGUUCCUGUUUCUCCCCCAACCUUAGUUUCAGGCUUGAAAAACAUUACUGUAUUUGAAGGAGAGUCUGUAACUUUGGAGUGUACUAUUGAUGGAUAUCCAUCCCCAACUGUGGUGUGGUAUCGAGAAGAUUACCGCAUCGAAAAUUCGGUUGAUUUCCAAAUUAUUGUUGAACAAGAGGUCGUCCGUCUUGUAAUUCGUGAAGCCUUUGCAGAAGACAGUGGGCGAUUUACUUGUACUGCUUCCAAUGAAGCUGGAACAGUCAGUACAUCUUGCUACCUGGUUGUACAAGUUUCAGAAGAGUAUGAAGCCAAAGAAAUAGCUUCUGAGAAAAUUACAGAAGAUAAAACAAACAUUCAAGAAACCCAGAAAAUGGAAGUUGAGACACCUGCUCCCGCUGAGACUGGUGAAGGGAUUGCUCCUUUCUUUAUCAGAAAACCAACAAUGCAGAAGUUGGUUGAGGGAGGAAAAGUUGUUUUUGACUGUCAAAUUGGAGGAAACCCAAAACCACAUAUUUACUGGAAAAAGGCUAGUGUUUCCCUAAAUACUGGAUACAGAUACAAAGUAGCAUAUAACAAGGAAUCUGGAGAUUGCAAGCUUGAGAUUUCUAUGACUUUUGCCGAUGAUGCUGGAGAAUACACUAUAAUCAUUCGUAAUAAAUAUGGAGAGACUUCUGAAACAGUUAGUCUCUUGGAAGAAGAUGAAUAUGAUUCACGUAUGAAGAUGCAUGAAGAACCAACUGCAUUUGUGCCAGAGCCUAGUGUUGCUGAAGUUGCACCAGCUGUCUCUGAAUAUGAUAAGGAGUAUGAAAGAGAACAAGCAUUUAUAAGGAAGAAAAUGGCCAAAGAUGCCUCUUUUGUUCAAACAACUAUUCAUGCUGAGGAAUAUCAGCUUACUUCAUUUGAGGAGAAACUCAUCAAGGAGAUUGAAUACAGAAUAAUUAAAACAAGCUUAGAAGAACUUCUUGAAGAAGAUGGAGAAGAAAUGAUUGUUGAUGUGACAGAAUCUGAGACAAUUGUGUCAGGAUUUGAUAUACGACUGAAGAGUUACCAGAUCCUUGAAGGAAUGGGUGUUACCUUCCAUUGCAAAAUGUCUGGUUACCCAUUACCAAAGAUUGCAUGGUAUAAGGAUGGUAAACGCAUAAAGCAGGGAGGGCAACACCAGAUGGAACUCCUAAAAGAUGGGAGAGCAAGUCUGCGCAUCUCUGUUUUGUCAACUGAGAAUGAAGGAAUUUAUACUGCACUUGCCAGUAAUGUAAAAGGAAAUGCCAUUUGCUCAGCAAAACUUUAUGUUGAACCUGUUGCACCAACUGGAGUACCUGCCUACAUACCUGCCCCAGAAGCAGUUAAAAGAAUAAGGUCGGUUUCCCCACAUUCUCCAAGUCGUUCUCCUGGUCGUUCUCCUGCACGCUCGCCUGCUCGCAGACUGGAUGACACUGAUGAGUCUCAGUUAGAGAGGCUAUAUAAACCAGUGUUUGUACUAAAACCUGCAUCUUUUAAAUGUGGUGAAGGACAAACUGCAAGAUUUGAUUUAAAAGCUGUUGGAAGACCAAUGCCAGAAACAUUUUGGUUCCGUAAUGGUCAACAAAUUAUUAAUGACUACACCCAUAAAAUAGUUAUAAAGGAGGAUGGAACACAAUCACUUAUUAUUGUUCCAGCAAUGCCAACAGAUUCUGGAGAAUGGACAGUCAUUGCUCAGAAUAGGGCUGGCAAAACGUCAGUCUCAAUGACAUUGACAGUAGAAGCAAAGGAACACAUACAGAGACCACAGUUUGUGGAAAAACUCAGAAAUGUAAGUGUGAAGGAAGGCACAAAACUUGAAAUGUCGGUAAAAGCAGUGGGAAAUCCUAAUCCAGAUAUUGUAUGGUUAAAGAACAGCGACAUCAUUGCACCACAUAAAUUUCCAAAUAUAAUAAUUGAUGGAACUAAAGGACAGGCAGCACUUACCAUAGAUUCUGCAGUUACCCACGAUGCAGCAUGGUAUACUGCCACAGCAAUUAAUAAGGCUGGACGUGAUACUACAAGGUGUAAAGUAAAUGUUGAAGUAGAAUUUACUGAGCAAGAACCGGAGAGAAAAUUAAUCAUUCCAAAGGGAACAUACAAAGCUAAAGAGAUUGCAGCUCCUGAACUGGAACCUCUCCACCUUCGCUAUGGUCAGGAACAGUGGGAAGAGGGGGAUCUCUAUGACAAAGAGAAGCAACAGAAGCCAUUCUUUAAGAAGAAGCUCACUUCUGUAAGACUCAAGCGUUUUGGGCCAUCACACUUUGAAUGCCGACUUACACCAAUUGGGGAUCCAACAAUGGUUGUUGAGUGGCUCCAUGAUGGAAAACCACUGGCUGCUGCCAACAGACUUCGAAUGGUUAAUGAAUUUGGAUAUUGUAGUCUAGAUUAUGAGAUAGCUUACCCAAGAGAUAGUGGUGUUAUAAGUUGCAGAGCAACAAACAAAUAUGGGACAGAUCACACAUCAGCAACUUUAAUAGUUAAGGAUGAGAAAAGUCUUGUUGAGGAGACUCAAUUGCCAGAAGGCCGUAGAGGAAUGCAAAGAAUUGAAGAAAUGGAAAGACUUGCACAUGAAGGAGCUCUUGUUGGUGUAACUGAGGACAUAAAAGAAAAACUCAAACCAGAAAUUGUUUUGUUUCCUGAGCCAGCACGAGCUUUUGAAGGAGAAAUUGCACGAUUCCGUUGUCGUGUUACUGGAUAUCCUCAGCCAAAAGUUAACUGGUACCUAAACGGACAACUUAUUCGUAAAAGUAAAAGAUUUAGACUUAGGUAUGAUGGGAUUAACUAUCUUGAAAUUGUUGACUGCAAAUCCUAUGACUCAGGAGAAGUCAAAAUCACUGCUGAAAACCCAGAUGGUGUUGUUGAACAUAUUGUUAAACUUGAGAUUCAACAGAAAGAAGAUUUCAGAUCUGUUCUUCGUCGGACACAGGAAGCUAAAUUGACAGCUCCCACGCCUGAAUCAGGCAAACUUCAAUUUAAAGUUAAAAAAGUAGAAAAUGUAAUUGAUGCUACAGGAAAAGAAUUUGUUAAACUGAAGAAGGCAGAAAAAAUUAGCCGUGAAAAAGUUUCUGAAGAAUCAGAAGAAUUGCGUAGCAAAUUUAAACGCAGAACAGAGGAGGGAUAUUAUGAAGCCAUCACUGCUGUUGAGAUGAAAUCUCAGAGAAAAGAUGAAGCAUAUGAAGAUAUGCUUAAAAAGACUAAAGAAGAGCUUAUGCACAGGACCAAAGAACUAACUGAAGAAGAGAAGAAGGCACUUGAAGCUGAAGGCAAAAUAACUAUCCCAACAUUCAAACCUGACAGAAUAGAGUUAUCCCCAAGUAUGGAAGCUCCUAAAAUUCUUGAGAGAAUUCAAAGUCAAACAGUAGCACAAGGAACAGAAGCUCAAUUCAGAGUUAGAGUCGUUGGAAAGCCAGAUCCAGAAUGCCAGUGGUUCAAAAAUGGUGUAAAAAUUGAAAGGUCUGACCGCAUUUACUGGUACUGGCCAGAAGACAAUGUUUGUGAGUUAGUUAUCAGGGAUGUUGUUGCUGAAGAUUCUGCCAGCAUCAUGGUUAAAGCAAUCAAUGUUGCCGGUGAAACCUCAAGUCAUGCCUUCUUGCUGGUGCAAGGCAAACAGUUGAUAACAUUUUCACAAGCAUUACAAGAUUUAACGGCAAAGGAAAAAGACACCAUGGUAACAUUUGAAUGUGAAACAUCUGAGCCCUUUGUCAAAGUGAAAUGGUUUAAAAAUGGAGUGGAAAUUCAUCAUGAUGAUAAGUACAGAAUGCAUUCAGAUAGAAAAGCCCACUUCCUUUCAGUGCUUGUAAUUGAAAUGUCCGAUGCUGAGAAUUACAGCUGCAUGCUAAAAGAAGACGAGUCUGUUAAGACAACUGCCAAACUCGUAGUUGAAGGUACUCCUACUGAGUUUGUGAAGAAGCUUGAAAACAUUGAAGUCCCAGAAACAUUUUCAGGAGAGCUAGAAUGCACUGUUUCCGUUGAAGAUGCAGAAGGGAAAUGGUAUCAUGGUGAUAAAGAGAUCAAACCUAACAGUAAAUAUGUAAUUGCCUCUCGUAGAGGCAGACAAGUUCUGACCAUUAAAGAUGUCACUAAAGAGGAUCAGGGUGAAUACAGCUGUGUUGUAGCAGGGAAAAAGACCACUGGCCAUAUGAAAGUGAAACCACGCCCUAUCACUCUUUUGCAAGGACUUUCAGAUCAGAAGGUGUGUGAGGGGGACAUUGCUCAACUUAAAGUAAAAGUAUCUCAGGAAAAUGCAGAGGGAGUUUGGAUGAAAGACGGAGUAGAAAUCCAGCCUAGUGAUCGUAUUCAAAUUGUUAUUGACAAAGUAUCCCACAUGUUGCUUAUAGAAGAUGCUACAAUAGAGGAUGUUGGAAAGUAUUCUUUUACCAUACGUGAUCAUGAUAUUUCUACAUCCGGACGCUUGUCAGUUUAUUCUGUAGAUAUUGUUAUUGGCCUUAAAGAUGUCCAUGCAGUUGAAGGAACAAAAGCUGUACUGGAAAGCAAAAUCUCAGUUCCUGAUAUGUCUUCUGCCAAAUGGUACCUUAAUAAUCAGUCUGUCAAACUUGAUGAUCGUGUUCAGGCAAUUGCAAAAGGAGCUAAACAGAGACUGGUGUUUUCACGAACUUACACAUCAGAUGAAGGACAUUACAAACUGAUGAUUGGCAAAGUGGAGACUAGCUGCAACCUUACUGUGGAAAAAAUAAAGAUUAUUAAAGGUUUGAAAGAUACAACUUGCACUGAAACCCAGAAUGUUACUUUGGAGGUUGAACUGUCCCAUUCUGGAAUUGAUGUCUUAUGGCAGUUCAAGAAAGAAGAACUUAAACCAAGUCCAAAAUACAAAAUAGAAGCAAAGGACAAGAUAUAUACACUCACAAUAAUAGAUAUGAUGAAAGACGAGGAAGGAGAAUAUACCUUAUUUGCUGGCGAACAGCAAACAAGCGCAAAUUUGACUGUUUCCGGUGGAGCAAUUAGCAAACCACUUGUGGAUCUUAUAGUAGCAGAAUCACAAACCGCUGUCUUUGAAUGUGAGGUGGCUAAUCCCAACUCAAAGGGACAGUGGUUAAGAGAUGGGAAGCCAAUAAGCUUCAGUGACAGCAUUAGGAGUGAAGCAGUUGAUAAUAAGAGGCAACUUAUAAUUCCUAUCAGCAAACUAGAUGAUGUUGCAGAAUACACGUACCAAGUUGCAACCUCUAAGACAUCUGCGAAGCUGAAAGUUGAACCUGUUAAGAUCAAGAAAACCCUAAAGAACCAGACUGUUACAGAAACCCAAGUAGCCAUUUUCACUGUGGAACUUACUCAUCCAGAUGUAAAAGGAGCCCACUGGAUUAAAAAUGGUGUGGAACUAGUAUCUAAUGACAAAUAUGAGAUAACUGUUGAAGGCCCAGUUCAUACCUUGAAGGUUAAGAACUGUGCAGUUGUUGAUGAGUCAGUGUACAGCUUUAAACUGGGGAAAAUUGGAGCCAAUGCAAGACUUCAUGUUGAAACUGUUAAAAUCAUAAAGAAAGCUAAAGAUUUAACUGCUCUUGAAAAUACAUCUGCUACCUUUGAAAUCAGUGUUUCACAUGACACCGUGCCUGUGAAAUGGUAUUUCAACAAUGUAGAACUGAAACCAGGUGACAAACAUGGAAUCAUAUCAGAACGUAAAGUACAUAAACUAACCUUGCAGAAUGUUACACCUGCAGAUGCAGGAGAGUACACAGCAGUGGUUGGACAACUGGAAAGUAAAGCAAAACUUUUUGUAGAAACUCUACACAUUACAAAGACCAUGAAAAAUAUUGAGGUUCAUGAAACCAAGACAGCCUCUUUUCAGUGCGAAGUGUCCCAUUUCAAUGUGCCAUCUGUAUGGCUAAAAAAUGGGGUAGAAAUUGAGAUAAGUGAAAAAUUCAAAAUUGUGGUUCAGGGUAAACUUCAUCAGCUGAUAAUCAUGAACACCAGCAGUGAAGAUUCUGCAGAGUACACUUUUGUUUGUGGAAAUGACAAAAUGAGCGCAACUCUAACAGUGAAAACUAUCCUGAUCACUUCUAUGUUGAAAAACAUCAAUGCAGAGGAAAAGGACACCAUCACUUUUGAAGUUACUGUCAACUAUGAAGGCAUCAGCUACAAAUGGUUGAAAAACGGUGUUGAAAUCAAAUCAACUGACAGAUGCCAAAUAAAAUCCAAACAGCAGUCUCACUCCCUUACUAUUCGCAAUGUCCACUUUGGUGAUGCUGCAGAAUACAGCUAUGUUGCUGGAAGUGCAGUGUCUAAAGCUACCUUAUAUAUUGAAGCUCGCCACAUUGAAUUCAGAAAGCACAUAAAAGAUAUUAAAGUUCUUGAGAAGAAAAGAGCUACAUUUGAGUGUGAAAUCUCAGAGCCAGAUCUCCUGGUUCAGUGGAUGAAGGAUGGGCAAGAACUCCAAAAUACAGAGAGAGUGAAGAUCCAGCAGGAGAGAUAUGUCCAUCGUUUGGUCAUCCCAAUGGUCAGAAUGUCUGACUCUGGACAAUACUCUGUAGUAGCUGGAGGAAACAUGUCCACAGCUAGUUUGUCUGUUGAAGGCCGUGAUGUUCGCAUUACUUGUGCUCACAAAGAAGUUCAGGCUAUUGAGAAACAAAGAGCAGUGGUUGAGUUUGAGGUCAAUGAGGAUGAUGUGGAUGCUCGAUGGCUUAAGGACGGCAUUGAGGUCAACUUCCACAUUGAAGAGAGAUACAAAUACAUUACUGAAAGACGAGUACAUCGCAUGCUCAUCACUGAAACCAUUAUGAGUGAUGCCGGUGAAUAUACAUUUUUGGCUGGCAAGAAUAGGAGCUCCAUUACUCUUUAUGUUAAUGCUCCAGAACCACCUGUAAUCAUACAAAAGCUUGAGCCUAGCACUGUGGAGUCAGGGAAGUCUGCCCGAUUUACUACUGUAGUUACAGGCAAACCUCAGCCCAAGGUAGCUUGGCUUAAGGACUCAACACAGCUCUCUGCAGGCUUCAAAUGCAAGUUCCUUCAUGAUGGACAAGAGUAUACCCUGCUGCUAACUGAAGCCUUUCCCGAAGAUGAGGCCCUAUACACCUGUGAAGCACGCAAUGACUCUGGAAUGGCUUCUACAUCAGCUUCACUUACAGUUGAAGCCGUUGAAAAAGUACUUCAAUAUAAAGAGAUGGAGACUGAAGCCAAAGCUCCUGUACUGAGAACGAAGAUUGAGUCUUUGGAGGCAGCUGUUGGCCAUUCUGCAGUGUUCACUUGUGAAACAGAACCUGCGCCAAACUUGAGUUUUCAAUGGUUCAAGUCUGGUCGAGAAAUUUAUGAAAGUGACAAGUACUCUGUAAAGACUUUCAACUAUGUGUCUACACUUGAAGUUCUGAAAGCGCAAGUUGUUGACUGUGGAGACUACAGCUGCAAAGCAUCAAACCAAUUUGGUAGUAUAAGCAGCAGCGCCUCACUGACUGUAACUGAAGCCUUACCUCCAUCUUUUGUAACCAGACCAGAGUCUGUUACUUCUUUUGUGAGUAAGAAAGCUAAAUUCCAGGCUACUGUGUCAGGCACCCCAGUAAUAGAUGCAAUAUGGAAAAAAGAUGGAUUUGCCAUUUCUUCUUCUGAAAAUCUGCACAUUACAGCAGCAAACAACAAGCAUGUUCUAGAGCUCUUAAAUCUUAGCAUUUCAGAUAAGGGUAUAUAUUCUUGCAAGGCUUCUAACAAGUUUGGAACUGACACAUGCCAAGCUGAACUCAUAGUCAUUGACAAACCUCAUUUCAUCAAAGAGUUAGGACCCAUAUGUUCUGCUGUCAACAAGACCAUCUGUCUUGAAUGCCAAGUAGAUGAAGACAGAAAAGUGACUGUUGUCUGGAUGAAGGGUGACCACAAACUUCUUCCUGGGAAGGAUUAUAGGAUCUAUUUUGAAGAUAAAGUAGCAUCACUUGAAAUCCCAGUGGCUAAGAUAAAGGAUUCUGGCAACUACAUGUGUACUGCUACCAAUGAUGCUGGGAGCAGUUCAACUUUUUCAUCAGUUAUCGUAAGAGAACCUCCAAGAUUUGUGAAGAAACUGGAUAAUGCCACUGCCGUUGUUGGAGAGCCAGCAGAACUGCAAGCCAUUGUUGAAGGAACUCAGCCAAUUACAAUAACAUGGUUGAAAGAUAAGGAAGAAGUUGUAAGAGAAAGUGAUAAUAUCAGUCUUUCUUUUGUGGACAAUGUUACAACACUUCAGUUUUUAAACAGCAAGCCAGAAAAUUCAGGAAAAUACACCUGUCAAGUGAAGAAUGAUGCUGGAUCCCAGGAAUGCUUUGCCAGUUUAGCUGUUUUAGAACCUGCAGUGAUUGUUGAAAAGCCCCUACCAACUAAAGUUACAGCAGGGGACACUUGUACAUUGGAGUGCACAGUAGGUGGGACUCCUGAACUUACCUGCACCUGGUUUAAAGAUGGAACAGAGCUAACAAAUGAUGAUAAAUACAAAAUUUGCUUCUUUGGCAAAGUUUCAUCUCUCAAAAUCCUUUCUACUGGAACAGAUGACAGUGGUCAAUAUGUAUUUGAUGUGAAGAAUAAUGUUGGCAACAGCAGCUGCACUGCUACAGUUGAAGUAUCAGAUCGGAUCAUUUCUCCUUUUUUUACAAGGAAAUUAAAGGAAACCUAUGGUUUACUUGGAUCAACUACCUCUAUGGAAUGCAAAGUAUCUGGAUCACCGCCAAUUCUUGUUUCUUGGUCUUUCAAUGGCAUUGAAAUUGUCAGUGGUGGUAAAUACCAGACUACCCUGACAGAUAACACCUGCACUUUGACAAUAAGCGAGCUAACAACAGCAGAUUCUGGAAAAUAUUCUUGCAAUGCAAACAACAUUGCUGGGUCUGAUGAAUGCAGUGCAGUUUUGUCUGUGAAAGAGCCUCCUUCCUUUUUGGAGAAACCAGAGCCUGUUGAAGUUCUUCCUGGAGCCACAGUAACAUUUGCUGCUGUGAUACGUGGAACUCCUCCAUUUAAGGUUGCUUGGUAUAAAGAAGGUGCUGAAAUUACACAAGGGAGAGAUUGCAACAUCACAUUGACAGACUCGUUGGCAGUUUUGGAACUCUAUAGUGUCAGUACUUCCCAGAGUGGUAAUUAUUCUUGCCAUAUAAGUAAUGAUGCUGGCAAGGAUUCAUGUACAACACGACUCUUUGUGCAAGAACCUGCUACAUUUGUAAAGAAACUGGAUAAUUACCAGACUGACGCAGGGAAGCCAAUUGUGCUUGAAUGCACAUACACUGGAACCCCUCCAAUCUCUGUCACCUGGCAGAAGAAUAAUGUAGACAUCAAUCAGUCUGAGCGAUGCAACAUUACAACCACUGAAAAGUCUUGUAUUCUGGAGUUCUCAAGCAGCUCAAAUGAUGAUGAUGGGGAAUACACUUGCUCUGUCAAAAAUGCCAUUGGUCAUGAUACCUGCCAAGCUGCUGUUUCAGUAUUAGAACCCCCAUAUUUCAUUGCACCCUUGAAACCUUUUGAGGUUACAGCUGGUGAUUCUGCCUCACUGCAGUGUCAAAUUCAAGGCACUCCAGAAAUAAAAGUAUCCUGGUACAAAGGUGACACAAAAUUAAGGCCAACUGAUACUCAAAAAAUACUCUUUAAAAAUAACAUUGCCAGACUUGUUUUUGACCAAGUUGAUGUCAACGAUUCUGGUGAAUAUAUAUGCAAAGUUGAAAAUCUUGUUGGUGAAGCUUCUUCUUCAACAUCUCUUACUGUAAAAGAACGUAAAGUUCCACCUUCAUUUUCAAGAAAAGUGAAGGACAUUCAGGAAACAGUUGGCUUACCGAUCUUAUUUGAAUGUCAAAUAGUUGGUUCAGAGCCAAUUGAGGUUUCUUGGUAUAAGGAUGGUGCUCUUAUAAGAGAUGACUAUAAUACUCAUACUUCUUGUGUAGAUAAUACAGCUACUCUUCAGAUCUUACAAACUGACAGACACCAUGCUGGCCAGUAUUCUUGUACAGCUUCCAAUUUUGUUGGAACUGCCACUUCUAAUGCCAAACUCCUUCUUACAGAGGCCAAGAAUCCUCCAUUUUUUGAUGUGAAACCAUCACCAGUGGAUGUUCCUGUAGGGGACCCUGUGAAGUUUGAGUGUCAUGUUACUGGAACACAGCCCAUAAUGUUCACCUGGACAAAGGAUAAUAAAGAGAUCAAAACUGAAGGAAACUACAAGAUUACACAACUUGAAAACACAACACAACUGACAAUUCUGAAGGCCGAUAAAGGAGAUUCUGGGCAGUACACCUGCUCAGCCACUAAUGAUGUUGGAAAAGAUUCUUGCAUAACUAAACUUAGUGUACAAGAACGAAAAGUUCCACCAUCUUUUACAAAGAAGUUGUCUGAAACCAUUGAAGAAACUGAAGGGAAUUCCUUUAAGCUUGAAGGACGUGUAGCUGGGUCUCAGCCACUGACUGUUGCCUGGCUUCUGAACAAUCACGAAUUUCAACCUUCUCCAAAUAAUGAAGUCACAUUCAAAAACAAUGUUGUUCUUCUUCAUGUUAAAAAGUCUACCCAGUCAAAUGCUGGAUUGUACACCUGCAAAGUGUCUAAUGAUGCAGGCAGUGUUUUGUGUACCUCUUCAGUACUUAUCAAAGAACCUAAAAAGCCCCCAGUGUUUGAUAAACCACUAGCCCCAGUAACAGUAUCUGAAGGGGAAGGCUUACAGCUUAGCUGUCAUGUGGAGGGAUCACAACCAAUCAGGAUUCAAUGGCUAAAAGCGGGUCGAGAAAUCAAAUCUUCCAACACAUGUAAUGUGACUUUCAUCAGAGGGACAGCAACAUUAGAACUCAAAGCUGUUUCAAAGACAGAUUCCGGAGACUAUUUAUGUAAAGCAACUAAUUCUGCUGGAAAUGAAUCUUGUACAGCAAAAGUAACAAUCAAAGAAAAAGCAGCCCCUGCACCAGUGAAGAAGGCUCCAGUUGAGGGAAAGCUCUUCUUUGUUUCUGAACCUUCUAGUGUUAAAGUAGUAGAAAAGGGUACAGCAACAUUCAUUGCCAAAGUUGGAGGUGAUCCAAUUCCCAAUGUGAAAUGGAUGAAAGGAAAAUGGAGGCAAAUCAACCAUGGUGGACGUAUUGUUGUUCAACAGAAAGGAGAUGAAGCUAAGCUGGAAAUUAAAGAUAUAACUAAAACAGAUUCAGGGCAGUAUAGAUGUGUAGCUGUUAACAAACAUGGUGAAAUUGAGUGCAACACCAACUUGGAAGUCGAAGAAAAGAAACAAGAAGCAUUUGAUGGUGAUCUCAGAGCAAAACUAAAGAAGACACCAAACAAAAAGAAGCAAGAAGAAGAAGAGAAGCCUAUUGAUAUAAUCGAACUUCUAAAAGAUGUUGAUCCAAAGGAAUAUGAGAAAUAUGCCCGCAUGUAUGGUAUUACAGAUUUCCGUGGCCUUCUACAAGCCUUUGAACUGCUUAAGGCCAGCAGAGAAGAGGAGAGCCAUAGAAUGGAAAUUGAAUCUGAGGAAAAAUCACGUGCUGAAGAGCAAGAAUUUAAUGAACUUGUGUCAUUCAUUCAACAAAGAUUAACACAAUCUGAUCCUAUAACCUUGAUCAAAGACACUGAAGACCAAACUGUGGAGACAAAGAAAGUAGCUGUCUUUGAAUGUGAAAUCAAGAUCAACUAUCCUGAAAUAAAGCUUUCCUGGUACAAGGGAACUGAAAAAUUGGAAUCUAAUGAAAAAUAUGACAUCAGUAUACAGGGUGAACUCCAUAUUCUCAAAAUAAAGAACUGUCAACCUCAAGAUCAAGGCAACUAUAGAGUUGUGUGUGGACCCCACAUCUCUAGUGCCAAGUUAACAGUAAUCGAACCUGCAGUUAUAAAGCAUCUAAAGGACAAUGCAGUCAAAGAAGGACACAGCAGUACCCUGGUCUGUGAGUUUUCUAUUCCAAAUGUAAAAUCAAAGUGGUACAAAAAUGGAAAAUACAUUGAACCAGUAGGACGAUACACAACAGAAGUCAAUGAAACAGUGCACAAGCUUAUCAUUCAGGAUGUAAGGGCAGAGGAUCAGGGUCGGUACACCUGCAAGUAUGAAAACCUGGAAACAACUGCAGAGCUGAUCAUUGAAGCUGAACCUAUUCAGUUCACAAAAACCAUACAUAACAUUGUUGUGAGUGAGCACGAAUCAGCAACCUUUGAAUGCGAGGUAUCAUUUGAUGAUGCUAUUGUCACAUGGUACAAAGGUACAAUGGAAUUACAAGAAAGUGCCAAAUAUAGCUUCAGAAGUGAAGGGAGCUGCCAUUACAUGACAAUUCACAAUGUUACGGCAGAAGAUGAAGGUGUAUAUUCAGUAAUUGCAAGCCUUGAGCCACGAGGUGAAGCAACAAGCACAGCUGAACUAUACUUAACAACUAACGAAAUGAAACUGGAACUAAGACCACCAGAUGUUCCUGAUACUAAAAUACCAUAUAUUCCUGCUCCUCUGGAAGAAGAAGAAAUAAAACAAGUCCCUGCUGAACGUAGGAGAGCUGAGGAUGCUUAUGCGAAACCUGUGUAUGGGGAAGAACAAAUUUACAAUCAACAGGAGAUAUCUUAUGAGAAAAAACAACAGUUCUAUAAAGAACAAGUUUACGGAGAAAAAGAAAAACUUUUUCGAGAAGUUAUUGAAGAGGAAAUUCCACAAAGAAGAAUCCCAGAGAGCGAACAUAAUCAGGCACCAGCUCAUGAAAAACCAUCCCCAGUCCCUGUUCAUGAGGACGUUGAAGUGAGGCAAGUGCCAGAAGUUACUAAAAAAGCAAUGCCUGAGGAAAAAGUACCUGUAGCUGUUCCUAAAAAGGAAGAGGCACCACCAACUAAAGUCUCUGAGGUAUCCAAGAAGGUUACUACAGCAGAGAAAAUCCCUGUAGCUGUUCCCAAAAAAGAAGAGGCUCCACCAGCCAGAGUGCCUGUGGUACCCAAGAAAUUAGAAGAAUCAACUGUAGUAUCUAGAGCGCAAGAACCUGAGAUUUCUAAAGUUCCGGAAAUUUCCAAGAGACCCACUCCAGAAGAGAAACUGCCUACUGUAGCACCUCGAAGGGAGGAGCCACCCACUACAGUUUUAAAACCCAAGAAGGAAGCUGAAGAACCUCCUGCAGAAAAAGAAGUUGAGAAGGUUAAAAAGCCAGCAGCAACUGUCGCAGCAAAGCCUUCUCCAGUGCCUGCAGCUGAAGCAAAAUCAUCACCCAGAGAAGCUGCCCCAUCACCAAAAUCAAAGGAGGAAGCAGCUGCAGUUUCAGCUCCUGUCACAACUCCAGUUGUUGGAAAGAAAGCAGACACUAAGGCACCAAAAGAGGAUGCUGCAAAGGGUAAAAGCCCAAUCAAAGGCAAAAAGACACCUUCACCAUUAGAUGGAGAUAAAAGGAGACUACGUCCAGGCAGUGGAGGUGAUAAACCUCCAGAUGAGCCAGCUUUUACCUUUCAACUGAAGGCUGUUCCCUUGAAGUUUGUGAGAGAGCUACAGGACAUUGUAUUGCAAGAAGCUGAGUCUGUUGGUUCUUCUGCAAUAUUUGAUUGCCUUAUUUCACCAUCCACUGCUAUAACCACCUGGAUGAAAGAUGGCAACAAUCUGAGAGAAAGCCCUAAGCACAAGAUUAUUUCAGAUGGCAAAGACAGAAAACUACAUAUCAUUGACGUGCAGCUUUCAGACACUGGAGAGUAUACUUGUGUAGCUAAGCUGGGAAACAAAGAAAAAACAUCAACCGCCAAACUAAUUGUUGAAGAAUUACCAGCUCGUUUUGUGAAAACACUAGAUGAAGAGGUUACUGUGAUCAAAGGCCAACCAUUAUAUUUGAGCUGUGAACUUAACAAAGACAGAGAUGUUGUCUGGACUAAGAAUGGGAAGACACUUACUGAAGAGCCAGGAAAAUAUGCUAUUAAUAUUAUUGGCCUACAGCGCACGCUUACCAUUAUGGCUGCUGAUGAUCCUGAUGCCGGAGUAUAUACUUGCACAGUGGAAAGUGCCAAUAUCAAAUGUGAUUCCAGUGUUAAAGUAAUAGAGAUAAUACGUGACUGGUUGAUCAAGCCACUUCGAGAUCAACACGUGAAGCCCAAAGCUACUGCUACAUUUUCUGCAGAUAUUGUUAAGGAUACACCAAAUAUCAAAUGGUUUAAAGGAGAUGAGGAGAUUCCUCUAGAGCCAAAUGACAAGACAGAGCUUUUAAAAGAUGGAAAUCAUAUAUUUUUAGUCAUUAAAAAUGCAAAUCCCAAUGAUGUUGGAGAAUAUGCUGUUGAAGUUGAAGGAAAACGAGUCACUGCAAAGCUCACCCUUGGAGAGCGUGAAGUUGAUUUGCUGAAACCAGUGAAAGAUGUUGAGAUCUAUGAGAAGGAGAGUGCAUCAUUUGACUGUGAAAUAUCUGAGGAAGACAUUCCUGGGGAAUGGAAGUUGAAUGGAGAGAUUUUAAGACCAUCCCCAACAUGUGAAAUUAAAGCAGAGGGAGGAAAACACUUUCUUACUCUACACAAAGUCAAGGUAGACCAAGCUGGAGAAAUUCUUUACCAAGCUCUAAAUGCUAUAACAACAGCCAUCUUUACAGUAAAAGAAAUAGAGCUGGACUUCGCCAUGCCACUAAAAGAUGUUACUGUUCCAGAAAAGCGUCAAGCUAGGUUUGAAUGUGCUCUGACACGUGAAGCAAAUGUCAUAUGGUCCAAAGGUUCAGAUAUUAUCAAGGCCGGGGACACAUUUGACAUUAUUGCUGAUGGAAAGAAGCACAUUCUUGUCAUUAAUGACUCUUCUUUUGAUGAUGAAGGAAGAUACACUGCAGAGGUUGAAAGCAAAAAGUCUACAGCAAAACUUACAGUUGAAGGUGUAAGACUUAAGUUUAUUUCACCACUCAAAGAUCAGACUGUAAAAGAAGGAGAGACGGCUCACUUUGAUUUUGAACUUUCCCAUGAAAAUAUGCCUGUUACCUGGUACAGAAAUGACAAGAAACUUCACACAAGUAGAACAGUUCUCAUCUCAGAAGAUGGCAAGAAACAUAAGCUUGAAAUCAGAGAAGCAACUUUAGAUGACAUCUCUCAGAUUAAAGCAGAAGUCAAAUGCUUAAAUACAACAGCAAAUCUAAAUGUCUUAGAGGCUGAUCCUUACUUUGCUGUAAAAUUACAAGACUACACUGCAGUGGAGAAAGAUGAUGUCACUCUUGAGUGUGAGCUUAGCAAAGACGUACCAGUGAAAUGGUUCAGAAAUGGCCAAGAACUUAAGGCUUCAAAAACUGUAUCUAUGAAGACUGAUGGCAAACGCAGAAUUUUAACAAUUAAGAAAGUUGAAGAUAAGGAUAGAGGAGAUUAUGAAUGUGAUUGUGGAACGGAUAAGACAAAGUCUGUUGUGAACAUUGAAGCUCGUGUGAUUAAAGUGGAACGCCCCUUGUACAGAGUGGAGGUGUUUGAAGGUGAGACAGCACGCUUUGAAGUUGAAAUCUCAGAACCUGAUGUUCAUGCUCAAUGGAAACUAAAAGGAGAAACAUUAUCCCCAUCAACUGACUGUGAAAUCAUAGAGGAUGGGAAAAAGCAUGUCCUUAUACUAUAUAAUUGCAAACUGGACAUGACUGGAGAGAUUUCCUUCCAGGCGGCAAAUGCCCAAAACCAAGCAAAUCUGAAAGUGAAAGAACUUCCGCUCAUCUUCACCACUCCACUAAGUGACAUCAAGGUCUAUGAAAAGGAUGAAGCAAGAUUUGAAUGUGAGGUAUCAAGACUGCCUAAAACUUUCCGUUGGCUGAAAGGAACCCAGGAAAUCCAGGCAGAUAAUAAGCAUGAGAUUGUUGCUGAAGGCACAAGACAUGCACUUGUGAUAAAAUCAGUUGCCUUUGACGAUGAAGCCAAGUACAUGCUUGAAGCAGAAGACAAGAGAACAAGUGCAAAACUAAUCAUUGAAGGCAUCCGUCUUGAGUUUGUUGCACCACCUAAAGAUGCGACUGUUAAAGAACAAAAAACAGCAGAGUUUACCAUAAAGCUAUCACAUGACAACAUUCAGGUUAGCUGGUAUAAAAAUGACCAGAGAUUGCAUCCUAGCAAAGUUGUGUCAAUGCACGAUGAUGGGACGUGCCACACUAUUAAAUUUAAAGAUGUUUCUCUGGAUGACACUUCACUGAUUAAAGUGGAAGCUAUGGGAAAAGCCUGCACUGCACAACUAACUGUGCUCGAGGGAGAUCCCUACUUUACAAGUAAACUCCAGGAUUACACAGCUGUAGAGAAAGAUGAAGUCAUUCUGCAGUGUGAAAUCAGUAAAACCAAAGCACCUGUGAAAUGGCUCAAAGAUGGCCAGGAAAUUAUUCCAUCAAAGAAUGUCACCAUUAAAACUGAUGGCAAGAAGCGCAUCUUAGUUAUCAAGAAGACUUCCAAGAAAGACUUAGGCGAAUACACUUGUGAUUGUGGAACUGAUAAAACCAUGGCAAAACUAAACAUUGAAGAACGUGACAUUAAAGUUGUCCGACCUCUAUAUAGUGUUGAGGUUGUGGAGACAGAAACUGCCCGCUUUGAAACUGAGGUAUCUGAAGAAGAAGUUCAUGCCACGUGGAAACUUAAAGGAGACACCCUGCAUUCUUCUCCAGAUUAUGAAGUUAAGGAAGAAGGAAAGAAGCAUUUCCUCAUACUUUACAAUGUACGCAUGGAUCAAGCAGGAGGAGUUGACUUCCAAGCAGCAAAUGCUAAAUCAAGUGCGCACCUAAAAGUUAAAGCCCGCCUAAUAGGCCUGCUUAGGCCCCUGAAGGAUGUUUCGGUAACAGCUGGAGAAUCGGCUACCUUUGAGUGUGAGCUCUCAUAUGAGGAAAUUCCUGUGGAAUGGUUCCUGCAAGAUCAAAAAUUGGAGCCCAGUGACAAGAUUGUCACACGCUCUGAAGGAAGAGUUCACACACUUACCCUUAGGGAUGUUCAACUAAAAGAUGCUGGGGAAGUUAAACUAACUGCAAAGGAUUUCAAGACCCAAGCUAACCUCACUGUUAAAGAACCUUCAGUUGAGUUUACAAAGCUUCUUGAGGACCAGACAGUAGAGGAAGAAGCUACUGCGAUACUGGAAUGUGCAGUAUCCAGGGAUAAUGCAGAGGUUAAUUGGUUCAAAAAUGGUCAAGAAAUUCACAAAACAAAGAAAUAUGAUAUCAUUGCUGAGGGUAAAGUCAGAAAACUUAUCAUUCAUGGCUGCACAAUGGAUGACUCAAGAACUUUUACAUGUGAUGCAAAGGAAUUCAAGACCUCUGCCUUCUUGAAUGUAGAACCCCCGUUUGUGGAGUUUACAAAACCCCUUACAGAUGUUGAAGUUAAAGAAAAGGAAACUGCCCACUUUGAAUGUGAAAUUUCCCGUGAAAGUGCCAAGGUCCACUGGUACAGAGAUGGAGUGGAGAUCAGAAAGGGCAAAAAGUAUGACAUAAUAUCUAAAGGAGUAACCCGGAUUUUAGUUGUGAACAAAUGUCUGUUUGAUGAUGAAGCAGAAUAUACUUGUGAAUCCAAAAUGGCAAGAACCUCUGGACUACUCACUGUUAUAGAGGAAGAAGCUGUUUUCAUCAAAAAUCUUCCUAAUAUUGAAGCAUCUGAAUCAGACAAUGUGAAAUUGAUUUGUGAAGUAUCCAAAGCUGGUGCUGAUGUAGCCUGGUUUAAAGGAGAUAAGGAACUACCAGAUGGUGGACAAUAUGAACAUGUUGCAGAGGGUAGAAAAAGGAUCUUGAUCAUUGCUGGUGUUCAUCUUGAUGAUGCUGGUGAAUACAACUGCAGACUGCCAAAUUCCAGGACAACUGGUAAUCUUACAAUAAAAGAACUUGCUGCUGAAUUUAUCUCCAAGCCACAAAAUAUUGAGGUACUGGAGGGAGAAAAGGCAGAAUUUAUAUGUUCAGUUUCAAAAGAAACUUACAAUGUGCAGUGGGUCAAGAGUGAUACAGUUAUCGAGUCUGGAGAUAAGUAUGACAUAAUUUCCGAUGGCAAGAGAAGAAUUCUGAUUGUUAAGAACUGUGUGCCUAAAGAGGAUGAAGGAGAAUAUGCCGCCAUGGUUGGGUCUUCUAAAGCACCUGCUGAAUUGACAGUAGUUGAAAAACUCAGGAUUAUAACUCCCAUUAAGGACCAACAAUUGAAAGAGGGACAAGAACUUGUCUUCAACUGUGAGGUCAACACAGAAGGAGCCAAAGCCAAAUGGUUUAAGAAUGAUGAAACUAUAUUUGACAGUUCAAAGUAUAUAAUGGUUGCCAAAGAUUUAGUUUAUACACUUAGAAUCAGAGAUGCACAAAUGGAUGACCAAGCCACUUAUUCAGUGUCCCUGACAAAUCAAAGAGGUGAACAAGUCAAGUCUUCAGGUGUUUUAACAGUCCUAGAAGAGGAUCUACGAAUUGUUGAACCAAUUGCAGACAUUGAAACAAUGGAGAAGAAAUCAGUUUCUUUCUGCUGCAAAGUGAACCGUCCAAAUGCACCAGUCAUGUGGAUGAAGAAUGGCCAAGAAGUUGUACUGGACAAAAGAGUUUUGUACAGGGUUGACAAAUUCAAGCAUUCUCUAAUUAUCAAGGAUUGUGGCUUUGUGGAUGAAGGAGAAUAUACUGUUGUAGCUGGACAAGACAAAGCUGUUGCAGAACUUAUCAUCACAGAGGCCCCAACAGAUUUUGUUCAGCAUCUGCAAGAUCAGACAAUUAUUGAAUUUGAAGAUGCUGUUUUUACUUGUCAACUUUCCAAGGAGAAAGCCACUGUGAGAUGGUACAGAAAUGGAAGAGAACUCAGGGCAAACAAAAAAUAUCAAUUUGAGAAAGAAGGUAGCCUUCAAAGACUUAUUAUUAAAGAUUGCAGACCAGAGGAUGAGUGUGAAUAUUCUUGUGGAGUAGAUGAGAGGAAAUCUACAGCCCGGCUCUUUAUUGAAGAAAUUCCCAUAGAGAUUAUCAGACCACCAGUUGAUGCAUUUGAAGCCCCUGGCUCUGAUGUAAUCUAUGAAGCUGAACUAAAUAAAGACAAAGUAGAAGUCAAAUGGCUGAGAAACAACAUGAUCAUCGUUCAAGGAGACAAACAUCAAAUGAUGAGUGAAGGAAAAGUGCACAGACUUCAAAUCUGUGAAAUCAGACCACGUGAUCAAGGCGAAUACAGAUUUAUUGCCAAGGACAAAGAAGCUAGAGCAAAACUUGAAUUAACAGUUGUGCCAAAAAUAAAGACUGCUGAUCAGAACAUUGUGAUUGAUGCUGGAAACCCAUUAACAAUGUCAGUGCCUUAUGAUGCCUACCCAAAAGCUGAAGCUGAAUGGAAAAAGGAUGAUGAGACAUUGUCAGAUGUACAUGUUGAUACUACAGCAAACUCCACUAGUUUCCAUAUUACUGAAUCAAAGAAAACAGACAGAGGCAGAUACAAGAUCAUACUGAAUAAUAAACAUGGCAAAGCUGAGGCCUUUAUUAAUUUAGAAGUCAUUGAUGUUCCUGGACCAGUCAGAAACCUAGAAAUUAUAGAUACAUAUGAUGGAGAAGUCAGUCUUGCUUGGGAAGAGCCAGAAAUUGAUGGUGGCAGUAAAAUAACUGGAUAUAUUAUUGAAAGGAGAGAUAUAAAGCGGAAGACGUGGGUGCUAGUCACAGACCAUGCUGACAGCUGUGAAUAUACAGUCACUGGACUUCAAAAGGGAGGAGUAGAAUACCUCUUCCGUGUAAGCGCAAAUAACAGAGUUGGGGCAGGUGAACCAGUAGAAACAGACAAACCUGUUGAAGCAAAGAGCAAGUUUGAUGUUCCAGGUCCGCCUCUCAAUGUAGAUGUUUGUGAUGUUAACCGAUUUGGUGCAACAAUAACCUGGGAACCACCAGAGUAUGAUGGUGGAUCUGAAAUAACUGCAUACAUUGUUGAACUACGAGACAGAGCGUCUAUAAAAUGGGAUACAGCUAUGAUAACCAAACCUGAUGAGCUUGGUGCUACUCUUAAUGAUGUUGUGGAGAACAAGGAAUACAUUUUCAGAGUCAGGGCAGAAAAUCAGGCUGGAGUUGGCAAACCAAGUGCUGCUACACGAGCUGUGAAAAUUAGUGACCCUAUUGAAAAACCAAAUCCUCCAAUUAAUCUUACUCAUUCUGACCAAACUAAGUCAUCUGUUCAGCUUACAUGGGAGCCUCCACUUAAAGAUGGUGGCAGCCAGAUUCUAGGAUAUAUUAUUGAGCGCUGUGAAGAGGAAACAGAUACAUGGAUUCGCUGCAAUAUAAGACUUGCUCCUGACCUAACAUACAAGGUAACUGGAUUGAAAGCUGGAGCCAGCUACUAUUAUAGGGUGUCUGCAGAAAAUGGAGCUGGUGUUUCUGACCCAGCUGAAAGCCUUGGACCUCUCACUGCAGAUGAUUCUCAUUCUGAACCAACCAUGGAUCUAAGUGCUUUUAAGGAUGGACUGGAAGUUAUUGUUCCAGAGCCCCUGAAAAUCUGUGUACCAAUAGCAGGUUAUCCGGUUCCAACAGCCAAGUGGUCAGUGAAUGGCAAUGUUCUAGAGAGCAAUGAGCGUGUUAAAAUACAGACCAACCAUGCUUUUGUGGAACUUGUCAUUUCUCCAAGUGAGCGUCCUGACAAAGAAAUUUAUACACUAGAGCUUGAAAACACUGUGGUAUCAGUAUCAGGCAAAAUCAAUGUCAAUGUUAUUGCUCGCCCAAGUGCUCCAAGAGAACUGAAAGUCGGGGAACUUACAAUAAAUUCUGCUAAUUUGUCUUGGGAGGCCCCAGAGAAUGACGGUGGUAGCCCACUGACAGGUUAUUUAAUCGAAAAGCGAGAAGUCAAUCGCAAGACAUGGGUAAAGGUCAUAGAAAAUGUUAUUGAUCAAGAGUUCACAGUAUCUGAUCUUAUACAAGGCAAAGAAUAUAUCUUUAGAGUUUCUGCUUGCAACAAGUGUGGACCAGGAGAACCUGCAUACAUUGAUGAGCCAGUAAACAUAUCUGCACCAGCCACUGUUCCUGAUCCACCUGAGAAUGUUAAAUGGAGAGAUCCAUCUUCCAAGGGAAUUUUCCUCACAUGGGAAGUACCAAAAUAUGAUGGGGAGUCAAGAAUUAAAGGCUAUAUUGUGGAGAAAUGUCAGCGUGGCACAGAUAAAUGGGAAGUUUGCGGUGAUUCAGUUAUAGAAACAAAAUACCAAGUGACAAAUCUCACGGAAGGACAGUGGUAUGCAUACCAUGUAAAAGCUCUUAAUAGAAUAGGUGCCAGCAAACCAAGCAAGCCAACUGAUGAUAUUUUGGCAACAGAUCCACAAGAGCCACCAGAAAUUUUCCUUGAUGUUAAACUAAUUGCUGGCAUAACAGUUAAGGCUGGAACUAAGAUUGAAUUGCCAGCUACAAUUGCUGGGAAACCUGAGCCUAAAAUUACAUGGAACAAAGCUGAUACUCUUUUGAGAACUGAUAAGAGAAUAAACAUUGAAUCCAAACCUGGGCAUUCUACAGUCAUAAUUACAGACAGCACAAGAAGUGACUCUGGGACAUACAUAAUUGAAGCAAUAAAUACUUCUGGACGUGCUACAGCAGUUGUUGAAGUUAAUGUAUUAGAUAAACCUGGACCUCUAGCUGCAUUUGACAUUUCUGAAAUUACCAAUGAAUCGUGUGUCUUGACAUGGAAUCCUCCUAGAGAUGAUGGCGGCUCAAAAAUAAGCAACUACAUUUUGGAACAGAAAGCUGCAGACAGUGAGAUCUGGCAUAAGUUAUCAUCAACCAUCAAAGAGACAAGCUUCAAAGCCACCAAACUGACCCCUCUAAAGGAAUAUGUCUUCAGAGUCAGUGCUGAAAAUAUGCAUGGCAUUGGAGAGCCAGUACAAUCAAAUUCAAUAAUUGCUAAAUACUCAUUUGAUCCACCUGGUGCACCAACUAACCUUGAACCUUCAGAUAUAACUAAAGAUUCAGUGAAUUUGACAUGGAAUGAACCAGAUGAGGAUGGAGGAAGUCCUAUAACUGGUUAUUGGGUGGAAAGGAUGGAUCCAGAAAUGGGAAAAUGGGUUAAAUGCAACAAGACUCCAGUGAAGGAUCCAACCUACAGGGUUAAGGGCCUUACCAACAAGAAGAAAUAUCAGUUCCGUGUCUUAGCAGAAAAUCUUGCUGGGCCUGGUAAACCAAGCAGACAAACAGAACAAAUCUUAAUCAAAGACCCAAUCGAUCCACCUUGGGCUCCAGGCAAACCAACUGUUAAAGAUGUUGCUAAGACAUCAGUAUUCUUAAACUGGCUAAAACCAGAACAUGAUGGAGGUGCAAGGAUUGAGUCAUAUGUCAUUGAGCUGCUGAAGACUGGAACAGAUGAAUGGGUCAGAGUAGCUGAUGGUAUUCUAAGCACAGAGCACUUUUUGAAGGGCCUUAUGGAGACACAAGAAUACUCCUUCCGUGUACGAGCUGUGAACAAGGCUGGAGAAAGUGAACCUAGUGAACCAAGCGAUCCAGUUCUAUGCAAAGAAAGACUAAAUCCUCCUUCCCCACCACGCUGGCUUGAAGUCAUUAAUAUCUCAAAGAAUAAGGCAGAUCUAAAAUGGACCGCCCCUGAAAGAGAUGGUGGGUCACCAAUUACCAAUUAUAUUGUAGAGAAAAGAGAUGUGAGACGCAAAGGCUGGCAAACAGUAAAUACCACUGUUAAGGACAUCAAAUGCUCAGUCACACCAUUAUCAGAGGGUUCUUUAUAUGUGUUCCGUGUUGCUGCAGAAAAUGCAGUAGGACAAAGUGACUACUGUGAACUUGAAGAUUCUGUGCUGGCCAAAGAUACCUUCACUACACCUGGCCCACCUUAUACAGUUACUGUGCUUAAAGUAACAAAGAGACAUGUUGAACUGAAAUGGGAAGCUCCAAAGAACGAUGGAGGAAGGCCAAUUCAAAGAUAUGUUAUUGAAAAGAAGGAAAAACUUGGCACACGCUGGGUGAAAGCUGGAAGAACAUCUGGUCCUGACUGUCAGUAUAAAGUAACUGAUGUUAUUGAAGGUACAGAAGUACAAUUCCAGGUGCGAGCAGAAAAUGAGGCUGGUGUUGGACAUCCAAGUGAGCCUACAGAUAUUUUGGCCAUUGAAGAUCCAACAAGCCCCCCAUCAUCACCUCUAGAGUUACAUGUUACAGAUGCCAGCAGAAAUCACAUAUCUAUUACAUGGAAACCGCCAGAGAAGAAUGGCGGCAGCCCCAUUUUGGGAUACCAUAUUGAAGCCUGCCCAGCUGGCACCGAAAAAUGGAUGAGAUUAAAUUCUCGCCCAGUUAAAGAUCUGAAGUAUAAAGCAGAAGAAGGAAUUAUACCUGAUAAAGAAUAUAUCCUGAGAGUUAGAGCAGUUAAUGCAGUUGGUGCUAGCGAUCCAUCUGAAAUCUCUGAGAAUGUUUUUGCUAAAGACCCUGAUUGUAACCCAACUAUUGAUUUGAAAAUGCAAGAUCUGAUUGUUGUGGAAGGUGAGAAACUCACUAUUCCAAUUACAUUUAGAUCUGUACCAGCACCAAAAAUAAGCUGGCAUAAGGAUGGUAAAGAAAUUAAAAUUGCUGACAGAGUGACACAUAAGAGUGAUUAUGUCUCUUCAACUCUGGAGGUUGCAAAUGUUGUCCAUGGAGAUGCUGGUGUGUAUACCAUCACACUGGAAAACAAAAUUGGUUCAACAACAGGCUCAGUCAAUGUAAAAGUUAUAGGUUUACCUGGGCAGUGCAAAGAUAUUAAAGCCAAUGAUGUUACCAAGAACACUUGCAAAGUUUCCUGGGAACCCCCAGAAUAUGAUGGUGGAACUCCAAUAUUGCAUUAUGUACUUGAGCGCAGAGAAGCUGGAAGAAGGACAUACACACCUGUGAUGUCUGGUGAAGACAAACUAAUCUGGAAUGUCAAAGAUCUUAUACCUAAUGGAGAAUACUAUUUUAGAGUUAAAGCUGUAAAUAAGAUUGGUGGUGGAGAAUACAUUGAAAUAAGAAAUCCUAUAAUUGCUGAGGAUGCAAAGCAGCGCCCUGACCCUCCUGUUGAUGUUGAUACUCAUCAUCCAACUUCAAAGUCAAUAACACUGACCUGGAAACCUCCUCAGUAUGUUGGUGGAUGUAAGAUUAUGGGAUACGUAAUUGAAAAGAUUGCAAAAGGAGAAGAGAGAUGGGAACGAUGCAAUGACUCACUUGUUCCUUUGUUAACAUACACUGUAAAAGGUUUGGAGGAAGGGCAAGAAUAUCAGUAUCGUGUGCGUGCAGAAAAUGCUGCUGGAGUUAGUGAACCCUCUCGUGUUACUCCUGGAACAAAAGCUGUAGAUCCUAUAGAUCCUCCAAAGGUUUUCCUUUCAGGAGCUCUGCAAUCAGGACUUACUGUUAGACAAGGAGAAGAAAUUAUGCUGAGAGCAAACAUAAGUGGCUCACCUUAUCCAACUAUCACAUGGCUCAGAAAUGAUGAAGUUAUUAGACCAGAGGAAAUGAAAAAGAGAAUUGAAAAAAUAGAACCUAAGAGGAAAAAGGAGGCUGUUGAGGAUGUACCAUUCUAUCUAAGUCUACCAGAGCGCAUGACUGUAGACAACAGCAAACAAGGAGGAUCUGAAUUGUCUGUUAGAGAUUCACUUCGAGAUGACCAUGGAACAUUUACCAUUAAAGUGGAAAAUGAUCAUGGUGUAGCAAAGGCUACAUGUGUAGUAAAUAUAUUAGACACACCUGGUCCACCAGUAAACUUUACCUUUGAUGAGGUUAGGAAAAACUCUGUUAUCUGUAAGUGGGAUCCUCCCUUGGAUGAUGGUGGAAAUGAAAUCCUAAACUACGUCUUGGAAAAGAAAGAUAAUUCUAAGGCUGAAAUUGGCUGGGUUGUUGUGACAUCUACAUUAAGGCACUGCAAAUAUCCUGUUACCAAACUUAUUGAAGACAAAGAAUAUAUAUUCCGUGUAUCAGCAGAAAACAGAUUCGGACCUGGACCACUAUGUGUUUCUCAGCCUCUUCUGGCUAAAGAUCCAUUUACUCCCCCUGAGGCACCAGAAAAGCCUGAAAUUGAAGAUGUUACAAGCAACAGCAUGUUGGUUAAGUGGAAAGAGCCAAAUGACAAUGGCAGUCCAAUUUUAGGUUACUGGGUUGAAAAGCGUGAAGUCAACAGCACUCACUGGGCCCGUGUUAACCGAAACCUUCUCAAUUCACUUGAAGUUCGAUCUGAGGCUCUUUUAGAAGGGCUCACCUACAUCUUUAGAGUUUGUGCAGAGAAUGCAGGAGGUCCGGGGAAGUUCAGUGUACCAUCUGAUCCCAAGACAGCACAGGAUCCUAUAUUGCCUCCUGGACCACCAAUUCCAAGAGUAAUUGAUACAAGCUCAUCUGCUAUUGAAAUGGAAUGGGAUCCUCCACUUUAUAAUGGCGGCGGAGACAUUAGUGGUUAUUAUGUUGACAAACAAUUAAUGGGUACAAAUGAUUGGUCUCGCUGCACAGAGAAGCCCAUUAAGAUUCGCAAAUACACUGUUAAUGGAAUUAGAGAAGGAGCUGAUUAUAAAAUUAGAGUAAUUGCCAUGAAUGCCACUGGUGAGGGGCCUCCGGGUGUAACAGAGCCUAUCACAGUUCUAGAACCUCAAGAACCCCCAGUUGUGGAACUAGACCUGUCUGUAAGAGAUGGUAUCCGGAUUCUAGCUGGACAAACUCUUAAAAUACCUGCAACGGUGUUUGGACGCCCUGCACCUAAAAUAGAAUGGUCCAUAGACGAAGGAGAACUGAACAAAGAGAAGGCUGUAAUUACAAAUGUUGGACAUUUAUCUGAGCUGGCCAUUGUAAAUGCAGAGAGAAAAGAUCAUGGAAGAUAUAUAAUAACUGCCACAAAUGAGAGUGGAACCAAAUAUGCAGCAACAAGAGUGGAGAUAUUUGAUGUUCCUGGUCCAGUUCUUGACCUAAAGCCAGUCGUUGUUAACAGAAAGAUGGCUUUGCUCAACUGGUCUGAUCCAGAUGAUGAUGGUGGAAGUGACAUCACAGGCUUUAUAAUAGAAAGGAAAGAUGCAAAAGCACACAUAUGGAGGCAGCCAAUAGAAACAGAAAGAUCUAAAUGUGAUAUUGUUGGCCUUCUGGAAGGACAAGAAUACAUGUUCCGUGUCAUUUGUAAAAACAAAUUUGGCUGUGGCCCACCUGUUGAUUUGGGACCAAUUCUUGCAGUUGAUCCAAAAGGUCCUCCUGGUUCACCUGAGAGAUUUACUUAUACAGAAAGAACAAAAUCAACAAUUACACUGGACUGGAAGCCUCCUCGUAAUGAUGGUGGAAACCCUAUCAUCGGGUAUAUCAUAGAAAAGAGACGCCACGAUGCUACUGAAUAUGAAAGAUGCAAUAAGAGUCUCUGCCAAGGAACAUCUUUCUUAGUGGACAAUCUUGCAGAACUGCAUAUGUAUGAAUUCCGUGCAAGAGCUGUAAAUGAAAUUGGUGAAAGUGAGCCAUCACUUCCUCUUAAUGUGGUUAUCCAAGAUGAUGAAGUUCCUCCCACAGUUACACUGAAACUGACUGUUAGAGGAGACACAAUCAAAGUUAAGGCUGGAGAACCAGUUAAUAUUCCAGCAGAGAUAACUGGUCUACCAAUGCCUAAGAUAGAGUGGUCCAAAAAUGAGGUUUUGAUUGACAAAUCAACACCAGCAUUGAAAAUUUCCAAAGAGGAAACAUCCAGAACUGAUGCAAAAACAGAAGUAAGCAUUCCCAAUGCACAGAGAAGCGAUAAGGGAUCCUAUACUGUGACGGCUUCUAACCGCCUCGGAACUGCAUUCCGCUCUGCAAAUGUAGAAGUAUUUGAUCGUCCUGCACCACCAAGAAACCUCACUGUUACUGACAUCAAAGCUGAAUCAUGCUACUUGAUUUGGGAUUCACCUCUUGAUAAUGGUGGAAGUGAGAUUACUAACUAUAUCAUUGAUCAACGAGAUGCAAGUAAAACGAAGUCUGACUGGGAGGAAGUCUCCAACAUCAUAGUUGAUAGAAGAUAUGGGAUCUGGAAACUAACAACUGAUGGAGAAUAUCAGUUCAGAGUUAGAGCCGUUAACAAAUUGGGUAUUAGUGAUGACUGCCUUUCUGACAAAGUUGUCAUAAAAGAUCCAUUUGGCCUUCCUGGUGCUCCAAAGAAACCAAAGGUUUCAAACUAUACUCGAUCAUCAAUGUUGGUAUCCUGGGAACCUCCACUGGAUAAUGGUGGAUCUCCAAUCACCGGCUAUUGGCUUGAGAAAAGAGAAGUUGAUGGUAUAUAUUGGGGACGUGUGAACAGAGCUCCAGUUACUAAACCAGCUGUAAAAGGAUUGGAGUUUAAUGUGCUACGAUUAAUUGAAGGUGUGGAAUAUCAGUUUAGAGUUAUGGCUGCCAAUGCUGCAGGAGUCGGACCUCCCAGUGAACCAUCAGAUCCUGCUCUGGCAGUGGAUCCUAUCUAUGUUCCUGGUGCCCCAUCAUGUCCUGAAGUUAAAGACAAAACCAAAUCAAGUGUGACUCUAGCAUGGAAACAACCAGAAAAAGAUGGUGGAAGCCCAAUUAAAGGAUACAUUGUAGAAAUGCAGGAAGAAGGAACAGAUUGGAAAAAAGUUAAUGAACCUGAUAAACUGUUCCCUACAUACGAGUGCAUAAUACCAAAUCUUCAAGAACUCAGAAAAUAUAGGUUUAGAGUAAAGGCAGUUAACUCUGCUGGAGAAUCAGAGCCUAGCCUUGUAACAGGAGAAAUACUUUCCAAAGAAAUUCAAGAAGAGCCUGAUAUAUCAAUAGACCUAAAAGGCCAAGACCUUUUGAAUUGUCGUGCUGGUUCCACAAUUAAGAUAACAGCUUUGAUAAGUGGUCGCCCAGUUCCCAAAACCUCCUGGGAAUUUGAUGGAACAGCAAAGAAAGAGAUGAAGGAUCAAGUCCAUAAUGUUCCUGAAGAUUCGCAGGUUGAGUCUACAGAUGGAACUUCAAUUAUUGUAAUUCCUACAUGUAAUAGAGGACACUCUGGAAGAUACAGAAUUACAGCCAAAAAUAAAGCAGGGCAGAAAAAUGUGAAUGUCAGAGUAAAUGUUUUAGAUGCACCUGGGCCAAUAAAAGAUCUCAAAGUAAGUGAUAUAACUAGGUCAACUACCAAACUUUCAUGGAAAGCACCAGACAAUGAUGGUGGUGAUAGAAUUAGAAACUACAUCGUUGAGAAGAAGACUGUUGAAGGAAAAUCAUGGGGGAAGGUGACAAAUGAUUGUGCAGGCACAUCCUACACAGUACCUAAUCUUUUUGAUGGAAAAGAAUACUUCUUCAGAGUAACAGCAGAAAACAGAUUUGGCACUGGGCCUUCAGUUGCAACCAUUCAAAGGACAAAAGCAAGAGACCCAAUACAUCCCCCAGAACCACCAACUAGACUGAAAGUUGGUCUUGUCACCAAAAAUUCAGUGGCAUUGACAUGGAGACCACCUAAAAAUGAUGGUGGAGCACCUGUAACUCAUUAUAUUAUAGAACAUUUAGUCUGGGAUUCAAGUGGAGAAGGAAAAGAGGCUUGGAAAAAGUGUAAUAAACGUGAUGUAGAGGAGACAACGUUUACUGUUGAAGACCUGAAAGAAGGUGGUGAAUAUGAAUUCCGUGUCAGAGCUGUGAAUGAAGCAGGAACUAGCAAGCCAUCUACAACUGUUGGCCCAGUCCUUGUGAAAGACCAGACAUGUCCACCAUGUAUUGAACUUAAGGAAUUUUUAGAAGAAGAAGAAGGAACAGAUAUAAGCAUUGUAGCAAAAGUAAAAGGCGUUCCAUUCCCUACUCUGAAAUGGUACAAAGCCCCUCCUCACAAUCCUGAUGACAAAACACCUGUACAGUAUGACCAGCAUGUCAAUAAAGUUGUUGGAGAAGACUCCUGCACUUUGUUCAUUGCACAGUCUCGAAGAAAUGAUACUGCUUUGUAUACUUUGACAGCUGAAAAUAAUCUUGGAACUGAUUCAAAGGAAAUGAGACUGAAUGUUCUAGGACAUCCUGGACCACCAGUAGGACCAAUUAAAUUUGAAUCAAUUACAGCAGAAAACAUGACCUUAACUUGGCUUCCACCAAAGGAUGAUGGAGGAUCCAAAAUAACAAAUUAUGUUAUUGAAAAACGAGAAGCAAACAGAAGAUUAUGGGCUCCUGUGACCAAAGAAGCUAAAGAAUGUAUCUACACAAUACCAAAGUUAAUAGAAGGCCAUGAAUAUGUUUUCCGCAUCAUGGCACAAAACAAAUAUGGUGUUGGCCUACCACUUGACAGUGAACCAGAGACUGCAAGAAAUCUGUACACUGUUCCUGGACAAUGUGAAAAACCAUCUGUUAGUAGUGUAACACGUGACUCUAUGAUUGUAAACUGGGAAGAGCCUGAAUAUGAUGGUGGUUCACCAGUGACAGGAUAUUGGCUGGAAUUAAAGGAAACCACCGGAAAGAGAUGGAAGAGAGUAAACCGUGACCCAAUCAAAAUCAUGCCCCUUGGUGUUUCCUAUGAAGUUACAGGCCUUAUUGAAGGCUCUGAUUAUCAAUAUCGUGUGUUGGCAAUCAAUGCAGCUGGUGUUGGUCCUCCAAGUCCACCAACUGACCCAGUAUUUGCUAGAGACCCAAUAUCUCCUCCUGGGCCCCCAAUAUCAAAAGUUACAGACUGGACAAAGUCAUCAGCAGAUUUAGAAUGGAUUCCACCAUCUAAAGAUGGUGGCUCUCCCAUCACUGGAUAUUUUGUUGAAUACAAAGAAGAAGGCAAAGAGGAAUGGGAACAGGCAAAAGAUAAAGAAGUACGAGGUACUACGUUUGUUGUACCUGGAUUAAAAGAAGGAAGCUUCUACAGAUUUAGAGUUACAGCUGUUAAUGCUGCUGGAGUCGGUGAACCUGGGGUUGUAACUGAUGUUAUUGAAGCCAAAGACAGAACAGUAUUACCAGACAUUCAACUUGAUGCUAGUGUAAAAGAGCGUAUUGUUGUCCAUGCUGGCGGAGUUAUUCGUAUAAUUGCUUAUGUCUCUGGAAAGCCAGCACCACAAAUUUCCUGGAGUAGAGAUGAAAAGGCCUUACCACCAGAGGCUACCAUUGAAACAACCACCAUUAGCUCCUCAUUAGUUAUUAAGAAAUGCCAAAGGACACAUCAGGGCAUAUAUACACUGGUUGCAAAGAAUGAAGGCGGUGAAAGAAGGAAGACAAUUAUUGUUGAUGUUUUAGAUGUUCCUGGGCCAGUUAGUUUGCCAUUCCAGACUGAAAACCUUACUAAUGACUCGUGCAAACUGACCUGGUUCUCACCAGAGGAUGAUGGAGGCUCAGUUAUAACUAACUACAUAAUUGAAAAACGGGAGGCUGAUCGCAGGGGUUGGACUCCAGUAACAUAUACAGUGACAAGACAAAAUGCCACUGUUCAAGGAUUAAUAGAAGGUGUAGCCUACUUUUUCCGUAUUGCAGCUGAAAAUACUAUUGGUAUGGGACCAUUUGUUGAGACUGCAAAGGAGCUUGUUAUUAGAGAACCAAUAUCUGUACCAGAGCGUCCAGAAGAUCUCCAAGUAACAGCAGUCACCAAAGAAUCUAUAAGUCUUAGCUGGAAGCCACCCAAAUACAAUGGAGGAUCCGAUAUUACAAUGUAUGUACUUGAAUGUCGUUUGAUUGGAAAAGACACAUUUUACAGAGCUACAAAGGAAAAACUGCUUAACAGAACAUACACUCAUGAUGGCUUAAAAGAAGGUUACACAUAUGAAUAUCGUGUCAGUGCAGUUAAUAUUGUUGGGCAAGGAAAACCAUCAUUCUGCACAAAACCAAUUACUUGCAAAGAUGAACUAGCUCCACCCACUAUUGAACUUGAUUUUAGAGACAAACUAAUUGUAAGAGUUGGAGAAUCUUUCAGUAUGAAUGGCAGAUACACAGGAAAGCCAGCGCCAAAGGUCUACUGGCUGAAAGAUGAAAUAACAGUUAAAGAAAGUGAUCGUAUGAAGAUUAAAACCACAGCAAAUGCUCUGUGUCUUGGUAUACUUAAAUCAGUACGAGACGAUUCAGGAAGAUAUUGUGUGGUUGUAGAGAACAGCACAGGGUCAAGAAAAGGCAUCUGUGAAGUGACAGUUGUUGAUCGACCUUCACCUCCAUUUGGUCCUGUUAUUUUUGAUGAAGUUCAUAAGGACCAUAUGGUUGUUUCUUGGAAGCCUCCACUUGAUGAUGGAGGCAGUCAAAUUACUAAUUAUGUAGUUGAAAAGAAAGACACCAACAGAGACAUAUGGAUGCCAGUGACAUCAGCAACUACUAAAACAACCUGCAAAGUCCCCAAACUUAUUGAAGGAAGGGAAUACAUUAUUCGUAUUUGUGCAGAAAAUAUGUAUGGCAUGAGUGAUCCACUAUUGUCUGAUGAAAUGAAAGCAAAAGACAGCUUCAGAGUACCUGAGGCACCAGAGCAGCCACUUGUUAAAGAUAUAACUAAAGAUUCAGCAGUGGUCGCAUGGAACAGACCACGGGAUGGUGGAAAGCCCAUUUUUGCCUACAUUUUGGAGAAGAGAGAAACUAUGUCUAACCGAUGGGCAAAAGUCUCCAAAGAACCAGUUUAUCCAGAUACACAAUAUAAAGUAACUGAACUAUUUGAAGGUUGUGAAUAUGAGUUCAGAGUAUCAGCACAAAAUGCAAUUGGAGUGGGUGAUGCUAGUCCACCAUCAAAACCAUUCUUUGCUAAAGAUCCCAUAGUCAAACCAAGUCCACCAGUCAACCCAGAAGCAGUUGACAAAACCAAAAAUUCUGUUGAUUUAUCUUGGCAUCCCCCAAAGCAUGAUGGUGGAGGAAAAAUUAUUGGUUAUCUUGUUGAGUAUCAAAAGGUUGGAGAGGAAGAAUGGAAAAAAUCUAACUUUGCUCCUGAUGGCUGUCCUGAUCCAAAACAUACAGUCACUGACCUUACUGAAGGUGAUACAUACAAGUUCAGAAUAAUGGCUGUGAAUGCUGCUGGCGAAUCUGAACCAGCCUAUCUCAGAGAUCCAGUUCAAGCUAAAGACCGACUUGAACCUCCUGAGUUAAUACUUGAUGCAAAUAUGGCAAGAGAGCAACAAAUUAAAGCUGGAAAUACUCUAACACUUAGUGCAGUGAUCAAAGGAAUGCCAUUACCCAAAGUAUCAUGGAAAAAAGAAGAUAAAGAAGUGUCAACAAAGGCAGAUAUUUCAGUUACCCCUGUUGGAAGCAAGUUGGAAAUUCGUAAUUGUGCCAAAGAAGAUGCUGGAAUAUACUCUCUAACUGUUGAGAAUGAGGCUGGUUCUAAAACAGUGUCAGUUAAAGUUAUUGUACUUGACAAACCUGGCUCACCACGAAAUCUACAGAUAAGUGAGAUUAGAAGAGAUUCUUGCUACCUUACUUGGAAGGAGCCAGAAGACAAUGGUGGCUCAGUCAUCACAAACUAUGUGGUUGAGAAGAGAGAUGUUGCAAAUCCUCGAUGGAUACCAGUUUCAACAACAUCUAAAAAACACAGCAUAAUGGCUAGACAUCUUUUAGAAGGCACACAAUAUCUAUUCCGUGUUGCUGCAGAAAACCAGUAUGGACGUAGCUCCUAUAUUGAAACACCCAAACCAAUCAAGGCAAUUGAUCCAAUCUAUCCUUCUGGACCACCAAAGAAUCUUCACCAUACGGAUGUUGACAAAACAGAAGUAUCACUUGCUUGGAACUAUCCUGACCGUGAUGGUGGUUCUGAAAUUACUGGUUUUGUGGUUGAUUAUCAAGAAGAUGGAGCAGAUGAUUGGAUUAACUUUAAAACUGUGGCCAUUCCUGAAUGUAUUGUCACUGGAUUAAAACAUGGAAAAAUCUACAAGUUCCGAGUAAGGGCCCAAAACAUUGCAGGACUAAGUCGACCUGACACAACAGUACCAAUAGAAUGUCAAGAGAAACUUGCUGCACCAAGUAUUGAAGUUGAUGUUAAGCUGAUUGAAGGUCUUGUAGUCAAAGCUGGUACAACUGUAAGACUUCCUGCCAUCAUGAGAGGCAUCCCAGUUCCAACUGCAAAAUGGGUUACUGACAGCACAGAAAUUAAAUCAGAGGGCAACUAUACAAUUGAUACAGACAGUUACUCAACAGUGCUCACAAUAAAGGAAUGCACAAGAAAAGAUACAGGGGAGUAUCUCCUAACAGUGUCAAAUGCAGCUGGAAGCAAGACUGUUGCACUUCAUCUUACAGUUUUGGAUGUUCCUGGACCACCGACAGGUCCUUUAAAUAUUCUGGAAGUUACACCAGAAUAUAUGGUUAUCUCUUGGAGGCCACCAAAGGAUGAUGGUGGAAGUGCAGUAAUGAACUAUAUUGUUGAGAAAUGUGAAGGAAAGAAAGAAACGUGGGGAAUCGUCAGCACUGGAAGCACUCAGACUAAAGCCAAGGUUCCACGUCUUCAAAAAGGUUUCGAAUAUACUUUCCGGGUUAGAGCAGAAAAUAAAAUGGGUAUUGGUAAGCCCCUUGAUUCCAAACCAACUGUUGCCAAGCAUAUGUUCGAUCCACCUUCACCAUCCGGAAAACCAGCUGUGCUUGAUAUUACUGAAAAUGCUGUCACAGUUACAUGGACAAUACCAAAAUCUGAUGGUGGCAGUCAAAUUAGUGGUUAUAUACUCGAGAGGAGAGAAAUAUCUGGUAAAUGGAUUAGGGUGAACAAAACACCUGUGCUUGAUCUGAAGUUCAGAGCUACUGGUUUAUAUGAAGGAAACACUUAUGAAUUCAGAGUCUUUGCUGAGAAUAUUGCUGGACUAAGUAAGCCAUCACCAGUAUCUGAUCCAAUAAAAGCCAGUCGUCCAAUAUCACCCCCAGGUCCACCAAUAAAUCCAAAACUUAAAGACAUGAGUAGAGAAACAGCCGAUUUAGUGUGGACAAAACCCAACAGAGAUGGAGGAAGCCCUAUUUUAGGAUAUGUUGUAGAAUGUCAAAAAUCAGGAUCAGCACAGUGGAACAGAAUCAACACUGAUGAGCUAGUUAAACAAUGUGCUUUCAGAGUACCUGGCCUAAUAGAAGGAAAUGAGUACAGAUUCCGAAUUAAAGCUGCAAAUAUUGUAGGAGAGGGUGAACCAAGAGAACUGCCCGAAUCUGUAAUUGCAAAGGAUAUCCUACACCCACCAGAAAUUGAUCUUGAUGUGACCUGCCGUGACCUACUUACUGUGAGAGUUGGCCAAACAAUUCACAUUUCUGCUCGUGUGAAGGGUAGACCUGACCCAGACAUGGUGUGGUCCAAAGAUGGACUAGUAGUUGGUAAAGACAAUAGAACUGAGAUAACACAUGACUUCCCACAUGUUGAUAUGCAGAUAACAUCAGCAACAAGAGCCGAUUACGGCAAAUACACAAUACUAGCAAAGAACACCAGUGGGCAGGCACAAGCUGUAGUUAUUGUCAAUGUAUUAGACAGACCCGGACCAUGUCAGAACCUUAAGAUUAGCUAUGUUACUAAAGACUCUUGUAUGGUGUCUUGGGAAAAUCCACAAGACAAUGGUGGGUCAGAAAUAACAAAUUAUAUAGUGGAAUACCGUGAACCAAAUCAACGAGGAUGGUAUGUUAUUUCUUCAGACCUAACUAAACGUUUAAUUAAAGCAUCACUAGUUGAAAAUCAUGCAUAUUUCUUCAGAGUCUGUGCAGAGAACAAGGUAGGCCCAGGCCCAGUGGUUGAAACUAAAACACCUAUUUUGGCUAUUAAUCCAGUUGACAAACCAGGUGAACCUGAAAACCUUCAUAUUGCUGAAGUAGGGAAAACUUUUGUUUAUCUGAAAUGGCGAAGACCAGAUUAUGAUGGUGGAAGCCCAAAUCUGUCUUAUCAUGUUGAAAGAAAACUUAAAGAUUCUGAAGAAUGGGAAGGAGUUCAUAAAGGGAGCGUCAAGGAAACCAGUAACCUAAUAGACAAAUGUCAUGAAAAUCUAAUUUAUCAGUUCAGAGUUCAGACCAAGAAUGAAGGAGGUGAGAGUAACUGGGUGAAAACAAGUGAAGUUUUAGUAAAAGAAGAGCUUUUGAAGCCUGUGCUGGAUGUAAAAUUAGUUGGAGCAGUAAUUGUGAAGGCUGGUGAGACAAUCAGAAUUGAAGCUGGAGUAAGAGGAAAACCACAGCCUGAAAUAACAUGGAAAAAAGAUAAAGAUGCCACAGAUCUAAGUAAAUCUCCUAGACUUAAAGUUGAGAACGGAUCUGAUUUCUCAAAGUUUGUUCUUGAAAAAUCAAAGAGAGCAGAUACUGGUAAAUAUGUUGUCACUGCCACAAACACAGUAGGAAGUUUCUCGGCAAAUGCCUCUGUCACAGUUCUUGAUGUACCAGGUGCAGUUCGAAACAUUAAAAUUUCUGAUAUUUCAAGUGAUAGAUGCACACUUAGAUGGGAUUCACCAGAAGAUGAUGGUGGCUGUGAAAUCCAAAACUAUAUUCUGGAAAAAUGUGAGAGCAAACGUAUGGUUUGGUCCACUUACUCGGCCUCUGUCAUACUGAAUCAUGCACAAGUAACUCGUCUGAUAGAAGGAAAUGAAUACAUAUUUAGAAUUCGAGCAGAGAAUAAAAUGGGAACUGGUCCACCAAUAGAAACCAAACCAAUAGUUGCUAGAACACGUUAUAAUAAACCUGGUCCUCCUGAGCCUCCAGAGGUAACCAAAGUAAGCAAAGAAGAAAUGACAGUGAUCUGGAUUCCACCAGAAUAUGAUGGCGGCAAAUCUGUGACUGGAUAUAUUUUAGAGAAGAAAGAAAAAAGGUCCCUGAGAUGGGUUGCUGUCACAAAAAGUGCAGUCCCAGAAAGACGCAUGAAAGUUGCAAACCUCAUUCCAGGACAUGAAUACCAGUUCCGUGUUAAGGCAGAAAAUGAAAUAGGACUUGGAGAGCCAAGUGGGCCAUCAAGACCUGUUGUAGCCAAAGAUCCUAUAGAACCACCUGGUCCUCCAACAAAUCUAAAGGUGCCAGACAGCACAAAGACUUCCAUAACACUGGGAUGGGGAAAACCUGUGUAUGAUGGCGGAGCACCAAUAAUUGGAUAUGUUGUCGAAAUGAGGCCCAAGACUGAACUCAAAGAUCCUGAAGAAGGAUGGAAAAGAUGCAAUGUGGCUGCUCAGCUUAUCCAUACUCAGUUUACUGUUACCAGUCUUAUUGAUAAAGAAGAAUAUGAGUUCAGGGUUUCUGCACAAAAUCAAGUUGGUAUUGGGAGACCCGCUGAACUUAAAGAAGCUGUAUCCCCUAAAGAAAUACUUGAAUCACCUGAAAUUGACUUAGAUGCAAGCAUGAGAAAAUUGGUCACUGUAAGAGCAGGAUGCCCUAUCCGCCUAUUUGCAGUGGUUAGAGGAAGACCCUCACCUAAAGUUACCUGGAGAAGAAUGGGAAUUGACAAUGUAGUCAGAAAGGGUCAAUUUGAUCUAGUUGACACCAUGGCUUUCCUUGUUAUCGAUAACUCCACACGUGAUGAUUCAGGCAAAUACUCCUUGUCACUUGUUAAUGCAGCAGGAGAAAAAGCAGUGUUUGUUAAUGUGAGGGUGCUUGAUACCCCUGGGCCAGUGUCCGACUUUUCUGUUUCUGAUGUCUCAAAAAUGUCAUGUCAUCUUUCAUGGGUUCCUCCAGAAAAUGAUGGUGGAAGUCCUGUUACUCACUAUAUUUUGGAAAGGCGGGAAGUUGACAGAAAGACUUGGGCUACAGUAAUAGCAGAUCUGAAGAAAACUAGUUUCAAGGUUGCUAAACUUGUGCCUGGGACAGAAUACUUUUUCAGAGUUACUGCUGUAAAUGAAUAUGGCUCAGGUGUUCCUUGCGAGACUCCAAAAACUGUCCUUGCAACGGAUCCAAUUAGUGAGCCUGAUACACCUAAGAAGCUGGAUGUUACAGAAAUUACAAAGAAUAGUGCCUCAUUGGCUUGGCUGCCACCGCUGAGGGAUGGAGGAUCCAAAAUUGAUGGAUAUGUUAUUAGUUAUCAAGCUGAAGGACAGCCAGAGAACAACUGGACACAGUAUUCUGUUGUUAAAGAUUUAAAUAUUGUGGUUGUUGGUCUUAAGGAAGGCACAAAAUACAAAUUCAGGGUAGCAGCCAGAAACUCUGUUGGAGUAGGCUUGCCAAGAGAAACCGAAGGCUUAUUUGAAAUUAAAGAACAACUAUUGCCACCAAAGAUUCUAUUGCCUGAACAAAUCAGCAUAAAAGCAGGGCAAAAACUUAGAAUUGAAGCCCAUGUGUAUGGAAAACCUGCUCCAGUCUCUAAAUGGAAGAAAGGAGAAGACACCGUAAUGCCAUCAAGUCGUUUAGCAGUGCAUAAGGCACAGAAUUCAACUGUCUUAAUCAUUAAAGAUGUCACAAGGAAAGAUAGUGGAUAUUAUUUUCUUACUUCAGAAAACAGCUCUGGUGUUUCUACACAGAAAAGCCGUGUAAUAGUUAUGGAUAUUCCAGGGCCACCAGAACCACCAUUUGAAGUUACCGAUGUUGACUCUGAUGCAUGCACGUUGUCAUGGCACCUGCCUCUUGAAGAUGGAGGCAGCAACAUUACAAAUUAUGUUGUUGAAAAGUGUGAUGUCAGCAGAGGUGACUGGAUAACAGCAGUUUCAUCAGUUACCAAGACAAGUUGCCGUGUUGGAAAACUUAUACCAGGACAAGAGUACAUAUUCCGUGUCCAUGCUGAAAAUCGUUUUGGAAUUUCAGAGGCAAUUACAUCAGAAAAAAUUGUGGCCAAAUUCCCAUUUGAUGUUCCUGGUGAACCCAAGAAUGUACGUGUUACCAAAGUCAAUAAGGACUGCAUAUUUGUUGCUUGGGAUAGACCUGACAGUGAUGGUGGAAGUCCUAUUAAUGGUUAUGUUAUUGAACGCAAGGAAAGAAACAGCCUGCUUUGGGUCAAAGCAAAUGAUACUGCAGUUCGCACAACUGAGUAUCCUUGUAUUGGUAUGGUUGAAGGACUAGAAUACACAUUCAGAAUUUCUGCACUAAACAGAGCUGGAGCCAGUAAGCCAAGCAAACCUACAGAAUUUGUCACAGCGAGAACACCAGUUGAUCCACCUGGUAAGCCUGAAGUUAUUGAUAUUACCAAAAGUUCUGUAUCUCUUGUCUGGACCCAACCAAAACAUGAUGGAGGAAGCAAAAUUGUGGGAUACUUAGUUGAAGCUUGUAAACUCCCUGCUGAAAAGUGGGUAAAAUGCAACACCACAGCAUCUCAAAUCUCAACUGAGGAAUAUACAGUGACUGGAUUAGAAGAAAACGAGAAAUACCAGUUCAGAGCAACUGCAAAAACUGCUAUCAACAUAAGCAAGCCGUCUGAACCCUCAGAUCCAGUCGCCAUUCAGGCAGAGAAUGUUCCUCCAAAGAUUGAUCUCAGUGUACAAAUGAAAUCUUUGAUCACAGUAAAAGCUGGAGCCAAUGUCUGUCUUGAUGCUCAAGUUUUUGGUAAACCUAUGCCAACUAUUGCUUGGAAGAAAGAAGCAGAAGUUCUAAAACCAGCUGAGGGUAUUAAAAUUACAACAAAAAGAAACUUUGCCAUGCUAGAAUUGUUCAGUGUUAAUCGCAAAGAAACAGGAGAAUACAUGAUUGUUGCUGAAAACGCAAGUGGUUCUAAAUCAGUGACUAUUAAACUCAAAGUUCUAGAUAAACCUGGACCACCUGCUUCUAUUAAAAUAAAUCACAUGUACAUUGACCGAGCAAUGCUUAGCUGGGAUCCUCCACUUGAAGAUGGUGGUUCUGAUAUUACCAAUUAUGUCAUUGACAAACGUGAAACAAGUAGACCCAACUGGGCGCAAGUUACUGCAAAUAUACAGACCACAAGUUGUAGCAUUGAAAAAUUGAUUGAAGGACAUGAAUAUCAAUUCCGUAUUUCUGCUGAGAAUAAAUAUGGAGUUGGAGAUCCUAUUCUGACAGAAACAGUAAUUGCCAAAAAUCCAUAUGAUGUACCCGGCAAAUGUGACCCGCCAGUAGUUAGUAAUAUUACUAAGGACCACAUGACUGUAAGCUGGAAAACACCUGCUGAUGAUGGUGGAUCUUCCAUUACUGGAUACAUGCUUGAGAAGCGUGACACAAAGUCUUUUGCCUGGUCCAAGGUAAACAGGAAACCUGUAAUGGAAAGAACUGUAAAAUCAACUGGACUACAAGAGGGCACUGAAUAUGAAUACAGAGUGAUUGCUCUGAACAAAGCUGGUCCUGGCAAACCAAGUGAAUCAUCAAAAGCAGCUGUUGCUCUUGAACCUCAGUAUCCACCUGGACCACCUGCAUUCCCCAAGGCAAUUGACACAACCCGAAGCAGUAUAAGCCUGUCAUGGAGCAAACCAGCAUAUGAUGGAGGAAGCCCCAUUUUGGGAUAUUUGGUUGAAGUGAAAAGAGCUGAUGUUGAUAACUGGAUCCGGUGCAAUUUACCUAAAAAUAUUCAAAGCACAAACUACACUGUUACUGGUCUGAUGGAAAACACUGAAUACCAGUUCCGUGUUUCAGCAGUUAAUACAAUUGGAUACAGUGACCCCAGUGAAGUUCCUGACAAACAUACAGCUAAAGAUAUCUUAAUUGUUCCAGAGGGAGAGCUAGAUGCAGAUCUGAGAAAAGCUCUUGUGCUUCGUGCUGGUGUAACAAUGAGGAUCUAUGUACCAGUGAGAGGACGUCCACCACCUAAAAUCACCUGGGCUAAAAUGAAUGCAAAUCUGAGAGACAGGAUUGGACUUGAUAUUAAAACCACUGAACAUGAUACCUUCUUACGUUGUGAAAAUGUAAACAAAUAUGAUGCUGGCAAAUAUAUCUUAACGCUGGAGAACAGCAGUGGUAUCAAAACUUAUACUAUUGUUGUUAAAGUUCUUGAUACCCCCGGACCACCAGUUAAUCUCAUUGUUAAAGAAUCCAAUAAAGAUUCAGCAAUGAUUUCAUGGGAUCCUCCACUUAUUGAUGGUGGCAGUCCAAUUAAAAACUACAUUGUUGAAAAACGAGAUGCAGAAAGGAAAGCCUGGUCAGCUGUUUCCACAGACUGUGCCAAAACAUCAUUCAGAAUACCAAAUCUUGAGGAAAGCAAAUCUUACUUCUUCAGAGUAUUAGCAGAAAAUGAAUAUGGCAUUGGCGAACCCUGUGAGACACAAGAUGCUGUCAAAGCUUCUGAAAAACCUGGACCUGUUCUGGAUCUUAAAGCACUCGCUGUGUCUAAGUCAGCUUGCACAUUUGCAUGGAAAAAACCAGUCAGCGAUGGUGGUAGCCGUAUUAUUGGAUAUCUUGUUGAACAUCUGACCACUGGUGACAAGUGGAGAGAAGUAAUGAGAUCAAAAAAUCUACAAUACUCCAUGAAAGACCUUACUGAAGGACAGGCAUAUACCUUUAGAGUGUCUUCUCAGAAUGAUUCAGGCUAUAGUUCACUAAGUGAAAUAACAGUGGUAGCAAAGGAUGAUGUUGUCCCACCAAACAUGGAUUUGAGAGAGUUACCAGAUUUAUGUUACCUUGCAAAAGAAGGCAGCAGUUUCAGGCUCACAAUCCCAAUCAGUGGCAAACCUGCCCCAUCAGUUACUUGGAAGAAAGGUGAAGAUAAAAUAAUCACUGAAAGUGGAAGAGUAUCUGCCGAAUCUUCUGCAGUAAAUACGGUCUUGACAGUGCAUGACUGCCAGAAAGCCGAUGCUGCAAAAUACACAAUAACACUAAAAAAUUCUGCUGGGGUUAAGGAAUCUGUAGUAUUUGUCAAAGUUGUAGGAAAGCCUGGUAUUCCAACUGGUCCUGUGAAGUUUGAUGAUGUAACAGCAGAUGCCAUAACACUUAUCUGGGCACCACCCAAAGAUGAUGGUGGCUCUGAAAUUACAAAUUACAUCCUGGAAAAGAGGGACUCUGUGACCAAUAAAUGGGUGACAUGUGCUUCAGCUGUUCAAAAGAUCUCAUUCAGAGUUACAAGACUCCAUGAAGGUACUGAGUAUAUCUUUAAAGUGAGUGCUGAAAAUAAGUAUGGAGUUGGAGAAGGACUUAAAUCAGCGUCAGUCUUUGCAAGGCAUCCAUUUGAUGUACCUGAUGCCCCUCCACCUCCAAAGAUAAUGGCCAUGAAGCAUGAUUCUGCAACUUUAACUUGGGUGGAUCCAAGAAAGACUGGUGGCUCACCAAUAACAGGUUACCAUGUUGAGUACAAAGAAAGAAACAGUCUGCUUUGGAAGAGAUUGAGUGCAACACCAUUGAGAAUGAAGGAUUGCAGAGUUCCAGGAUUAACUGAAGGACUUGAAUAUGAAUUCAGAGUCAUGGCCAUCAACCUUGCAGGGACUGGUAAACCAAGUCUACCAACAGAGCCAGCUGUGGCCCUUGAUCCAAUUGAUCCUCCUGGAAAACCUGAGGUUAUUAGUGUGACUAGGAGCUCAGCAACUCUUAUUUGGACAGAACCAAAAUAUGAUGGUGGUCAUAAACUUGUUGGAUAUAUUGUUGAGAAAUGUGAUUUGCCUGCAAAGACCUGGAUGAGGGCUAACCACAUUAAUGUCCAGGAGUGUGCCUUUACUGUAAAUGAUUUGAUUGAAGGUGGAAAAUAUGAAUUCAGAAUAAAGGCUAAAAAUACUGCAGGAGCAAUAAGUCCUCCAUCAGAGACAACGGGAACAGUUGUAUGCAAAGAUGAGUAUGAGGCACCCACUAUUACUCUUGAUCAAGCUGUAAAAGAAGGCUUAACUGUAAAGGCAGGCGAUACCAUUGUCAUGAGUGCUACAAGCAUCCUUGGAAAGCCACCUCCAACAUCUGUUUGGUCCAAAGCAGGAAAGGGCUUUAAACCAUCUGAUAUUGUACAGAUUGAAACAGGUCCAACAUCUUCCACUCUUUCUGUUAAAUAUGCAACCCGUAAAGAUUCUGGGGAAUACACAAUUACUGCCAGCAAUUCUUUUGGCACCAAAGAGGAACAUGUGCAUGUAAAAGUUUUAGAUGUGCCUGGACCCCCUGGGCCUAUUGAAGUGAGCAAUGUAUCUUCAGAAAAAGCUACACUUAACUGGACACCUCCAGCUGAAGAUGGUGGGUCACCCAUUACAUCAUACACUUUGGAAAAGAGAGAAACCAGCCGUUUGCUCUGGACCUUGGUAGCUGAAAAUAUACAGUCUUGCAGGCAUGUUGUGAGCAAGCUGAUCCAAGGAAAUGAAUACAUCUUCCGUGUCUCUGCUGUAAACCAUUUUGGUGUGGGUGAACCUAUACAAUCUGAUCCAGUGAAGAUGGUGGAUAGCUAUGGCCCCCCAGGUCCUCCUGGAAAACCAGAAUCAACAAAUGUAACAAGCACAACAGUAACCAUUGCUUGGAAACGUCCAGCUGAUGAUGGUGGCAGUGAAAUCACCGGUUACUAUGUUGAAAGAAAAGAAAAGAAAGGACUACGAUGGGUUAGAGCAUCAAAGAAGCCUGUUUCUGACCUUAGACUGAAAGUCACUGGACUAACAGAUGGAAAUGAGUAUGAAUUCCGAGUGAGUGCAGAAAAUAAAGCAGGAGUUGGACCUCCCAGUGAAAGCUCUUUACCAGUUUUAACAAAGGAUGUAGCAUAUCCACCUGGCCCACCUUCUAAUACAAGAGUUACAGACACAACAAAAUCCACAGCAACAUUAAACUGGGGCAAGCCUCAUUAUGAUGGUGGUCUUGAAAUCCUUGGUUACAUUGUUGAACAUCAAAAGGAAGGAGAAGAAGAAUGGGUUGAAGAUACAACUGGCUCAGCACUUCGCAUCACUGAGUUUGUUGUUGCCAAUCUUCAACCUGGAGGAAAAUAUAAAUUCAGGAUUCGCGCUAUUAAUGCUGCAGGCACUGGAGAACCAGCACAGAUUGAUAGUGUAGAAAUUAAAGACAGAGAAGAAGUUCCUGACUUUGAAUUGGAUGCUGAGUUAAGAAGAACUCUUGUAGUUAGAGCUGGAUUAAGCAUUCGUAUAUUUGUACCAAUUAAAGGACGACCAACACCAGAAGUGAAUUGGAUGAAGGGGGAUAUACCCUUGAAAAUACGUGCUAAUAUUGAGAACACAGAAUCAUAUUCAUUGUUAAUCAUUACUGAAUGCAACAGGUAUGAUGCUGGAAAAUACACAAUGACUCUUGAAAAUGCAGCUGGAAAGAAAUAUGGAUUUGUAAAUGUUAAAGUUCUGGAUUCACCAGGACCUCCACUAAACCUUAAAGCCAGGGAUGUAACAAAAGACAGCAUUACAUUGCAAUGGGAUAUGCCUCUUAUAGAUGGUGGCUCCAGAAUUACUAACUAUAUUGUCGAGAAACGUGAAUCUACUCGAAAGGCUUAUUCAACAAUUACAACCAACUGUCAAAAGUGUUCUCUGAGAAUCCCCAAUUUAGCAGAAGGCUGUGAAUAUUACUUUAGAGUUCUGGCAGAAAAUGAGUUUGGAAUUGGUGAACCAACUGAAUCUGCUGAGCCAAUAAGAGCCUCUGAAGCCCCAUCUCCUCCUGAAAGCCUUAAUGUUAUGGACAUUACAAAGAAUAGUGUAAGCCUUGCUUGGCCAAAACCAGAGCAUGAUGGAGGGAGCAAGAUCACUGGCUAUGUAAUUGAAGCACAAAAGAAAGGUUCUGAUCAGUGGUCACAUGUAACAACAGUGAAGGCACUGGACUAUGUAGUUAAGAACCUUAAUGAAAAUGAAGAAUACAUAUUCCAAGUAAUGGCUGUAAACAGUGCAGGAAGAAGUGAUCCUAGGGAAAGCAGGCCGAUUGUUGUUAAAGAGCAGUUAAUGCUUCCAGAAUUUGAUUUACGUGGCAUUUAUCAAAAGUCAGUUAUUGCAAAGGCUGGUGAUAAUAUUAAAGUUGAAAUCCCUGUAUUGGGAAGACCAAAACCAACUGUAACAUGGAAGAAGGAUGAUCAGCUUCUUAAGGAAACACAGAGAGUUAAUGUGGAGCGCACAGCAACUGUAACAAUUCUAAAUAUCAAUGAAUGCACUAGGAAUGAUUCUGGAAAGUACACUCUAAUAGCUAAGAAUGCUGUUGGAGAAAUCACUGACAUAGUUUCUGUUCAAGUCCAUGAUAUUCCUGGAAUUCCAAAAGGCCCCAUUAAGUUUGAUGAAAUCUCAUCUGACUUUAUUACAUUUUCUUGGGACGCCCCAGAGAAUGAUGGUGGAGUUCCAAUAAGUAGCUACAUAGUUGAAAUGCGUGAAACGAACAGCACAACUUGGAGUGAAUUAGCUUCAACUGUUAUACGCACAACAUUCAAAGCUGUACGUCUGACUACUGGUAUGGAAUACCAAUUCCGUGUUAAAGCACAGAACAGAUAUGGAACUGGUCCUGCCUUUAAUUCAGAGUCUGUAGUUGCUGCUUAUCCAUUUAAAGUUCCAGGGCCGCCAGGUACACCUCAAGUUAUUGCAGUCACCAAGGACUCAAUGACUAUUAGCUGGCAUGAGCCAGUAACAGAUGGUGGAAGCCAAAUUCUAGGAUACCAUAUUGAAAGAAAAGAGCGAAACAGUAUACUUUGGCAAACUAUAAGCAAGAAUUUGAUAGUAGGAAAUAUAUAUAAAUCUUCAGGACUUACUGAUGGCAUUGCAUAUGAAUUCCGUAUUGUCGCUGAAAAUAUGGCUGGUAAGAGCAAGCCAAGCAAAUCCUCUGAACCAACUUUUGCACUGGACCCAAUAGACGCACCAGGAAAACCAAUUGCUCUCAAUGUAACUAGGCAUGCAGUAACACUACAGUGGACAAAACCUGAAUACAAUGGAGGUUUUAAAAUAACUGGCUAUACCGUUGAGAGAAGAGACCUUCCUAAUGGUCGUUGGCUUAAAGCUAACUUCAGUAACAUCUUGGAAACUGAAUUUACCGUAAGUGGAUUAAAUGAAAAUGAAGAAUAUGAGUUUAGAAUAAUUGCAAGAAAUGCAGCAGGAGCUGUUAGUCAGCCAUCUGAACCAUCUGAUGCUAUCACUUGCAGAGAUGAUAUAGAAGAACCAAGAAUAAUGGUAGAUGCAAAAUUCAAAGACAUUAUCAUUCUGAAAGCUGGUGAAAUGUUCAGACUUGAUGCUGAUGUGGCUGGUCGUCCACCUCCAACAUUGACUUGGACAAAACAAGGAAAAGACCUAGAAGAUACAGCCAAAUUGGAAAUUAAAAUAGCUGAUUUUUCAGCAUCACUAAUAAAUAAGGAUUCAGCCAGAAAAGACAGUGGAGCAUAUACACUCACAGCAUCUAACCCUGGUGGAUUUGCAAAACAUAUAUUUAAUAUCAAAGUUCUUGACAGGCCAGGCCCUUGCGAAGGUCCUUUGUCUGUUUCUGAUGUCACUUCUGAAAAGUGUGUAUUGUCAUGGCUACCUCCAAUGGAUGAUGGAGGUGCAAAGAUUGAUCACUACAUCGUUGAAAAACGUGAAACCAGCAGACUGGCCUGGACCAAUGUGGCAACAGACGUCCAGGUUACAAAACUUAAGGUAACCAAACUACUAAAGGGAAAUGAAUACAUCCUCCGUGUUAUGGCUGUUAACAAAUAUGGAGUAGGAGAAGUUUUAGAAUCAGAGCCUGUCCUUGCAGUAAAUCCCUAUGUACCUCCAGAUUCACCAAAAACUCCUGAGGUGACAGCUAUUACAAAAGAUUAUAUGAUAGUUUGCUGGGGACAUCCUGAAUCUGAUGGUGGAAGCCCAAUUACUAAUUAUGUUGUAGAAAGACGGGACAAAGCUGGCUUGCGCUGGAUUAAGUGCAAUAAGCGAAUCCUUACUGAUUUGCGUUACAAAGUUGCAGGACUAACAGAAGGACAUGAAUUUGAAUACAGAAUCAUGGCUGAAAAUGCUGCUGGGCUUAGUAAACCAAGCCAAUGCAGUCCAUUUUACAAAGCAUGCGAUACCGUUUUCAAGCCUGGACCUCCAGGAAAUCCAAGAGUUUUGGAUACAAGCAGAUCUUCAAUUACGAUAGCCUGGAAUAAACCAGUGUAUGAUGGAGGUUCAGAAAUAACUGGAUACAUGAUUGAAAUAUGCCUACCUGAAGAGGAUGAAUGGAAAGUUGUAACACCACCAGCUGGACUCAAAGCAACCUCCUUCACAAUAACUGGGUUGAAAGAAAACCAAGAGUAUAAAAUUAAUAUAUAUGCUUUGAACACUGAAGGUGUUGGAGAGCCUGCUCUUGUCCCAGGAUUACCAAAAGCUGAAGAAAGGAUGUUACCACCAGAGAUUGAGUUAGAUGCAGAACUACGUAAAGUUAUUUGCAUAAGAGCAUGCUGCACAUUGCGGAUAUUUGUACCAAUUAAGGGAAGACCUGCCCCAGAAAUAAAAUGGACUAGAGAAAAUGGUGAACCAAUUGAGAGGGCAAGCAUUGAAUCAACAAGCUCAUACACUUCACUAAUUGUUGAAAAUGUAAACAGAUUUGACAGUGGCAAAUAUUUGCUUAUAAUAGAAAACAGUUCGGGAAGCAAGUCAGCCUUUGUGAAUGUCAGAGUUCUUGAUACACCUGGUGCACCUCAAGAUCUUAAAAUAAAAGAAAUCACAAAGGAAUCUGUAACAUUAACAUGGGAACCCCCUCUCAUAGAUGGUGGAUCUAAAAUAAAAAAUUACAUUGUUGAAAAGCGUGAAUCAACAAGAAAAGCAUAUUCAACAGUUGCUGCCAAUUGCCAUAAGACCAGCUGGAAAGUAGACCAGUUGCAGGAAGGUUGCAAUUAUUAUUUUAGAGUCCUUGCAGAAAACGAAUAUGGCAUUGGUUUACCUGUAGAAACAUCUGAAUCUGUGAAAGUAUCAGAAAGGCCUCUUCCCCCAGGCAAGAUUACUUUGGUUGAUGUAACCAGAAACAAUGUUUCCCUGUCAUGGGAAAAACCAGAACAUGAUGGAGGAAGCAGAAUAUUGGCUUAUAUUGUGGAAAUGCAGAGCAAAGGUAGUGAAAAAUGGGCUGCAUGCUCAACAGUAAAAACAACUGAAGCCAAAAUAACUGACCUAAUACAAGGAGAAGAAUAUAUGUUCCGUGUUUCAGCUCAAAAUGAAAAAGGAGUAAGUGAUCCUCGGCAGCUGGGAGUCCCAGUAGUUGCAAAAGACCUUGUGAUUGCACCAGCAUUCAAGCUUCUUUUCAACACCUUCAGUGUUUUAGCUGGAGAAGAUCUUAAGGUUGAUGUGCCAUUUAUUGCAUGCCCCAAGCCUACAGUAACAUGGCAUAAAGAUAAUUUACCACUAAAACAGACCACUCGAGUAAAUGCAGAGAAUACAGAAAGUAAUUCUCUACUGACAAUCAAAGAAGCUUCCAAGGAAGAUGUUGGACAAUACACAGUAACACUUGCUAACUCCACAGGUGAAGCCACUGAACAGCUUAGCAUUGUGGUUCUUGAUAAACCAGAGGCACCAACAGGACCAGUAAAGGUUGAUGAAGUAACAGCAGAUAGCAUUACCGUUUCAUGGCAACCUCCAAAAUACGAUGGUGGAAGUUCAAUCAAUAACUACAUUGUGGAGAAACGUGACACAUCUACAACAAAUUGGCAAAUUGUAUCAGCAACCGUAGCUAGAACAACUAUUAAGGCUACAAGACUAAAAACGGGUUGUGAAUAUCAGCUCCGAAUUGCUGCUGAAAACCGUUAUGGAAAGAGUGGCUAUUUGAUAUCAGAAUCAGUUGUAGCUCAAUAUCCAUACAAGCUGCCUGGACCACCUGGAACACCAUUUGUGACAGCAGUAACUAGAGAUAGUAUGGUUGUACAAUGGAAUGAGCCUGUUAAUGAUGGUGGUAACAAGAUUCUAGGGUAUCAUGUUGAAAGCAAAGAAAGAAACAGUAUCCUUUGGGUGAAGCUUAAUAAAACAAUCCUCCCUGACACCAGAAUUAAAACAACCAACAUUGAAGAAGGUAUUGAAUAUGAAUUCAGAGUUUAUGCAGAGAACAUAGUAGGAAUUGGCAAACCUAGUAAAGUAUCUGGGUGCUAUGUGGCAAGAGAUCCCUGUGAUGCUCCUGGUCGUCCAGAGCCUAUAAUUGUCACAAGAAAUUCAGUGGCCCUUCAAUGGACAAAGCCUGAAUAUGAUGGUGGCAGCAAGAUCACAGGUUACAUAGUUGAAAAGAAAGAACUGCCGGAUGGCCGUUGGAUGAAAGCAAGCUUUACAAAUGUUAUCGAAACCCAAUUUGCUGUUACUGGACUUGUUGAAGAUCAAAGAUAUGAAUUCCAUGUUAUUGCAAGAAAUGCUGCAGGAAUUUUCAGUGAACCUUCUGACAGCACAGGGCCAAUAACUGCAAGAGAUGAAGUGGAACCACCUCGUGUAAGCAUGGAUCCAAAAUAUAAAGAAACUAUAACAAUAAAUGCUGGUGAGACACUAAAGAUUGAUGCAGAUGUUUAUGGCAAACCAAUACCUUCAAUUCAAUGGAUUAAAGCUGGAGAAGAACUUGUCAAUACAGCUCGUCUGGAAAUAAAAAGUACUGAUUUCACUACAUCUCUGUCUGUAAAAGAAGCUAUUCGAAUAGAUAGUGGUCACUAUAAUCUUCUGCUGAAAAAUGUUGCUGGAGAAAAAUCAGUGUCAGUGAAUAUUAAGGUACUUGACAGGCCUGGACCUCCUGAAGGACCAAUUACUGUUGCUGGUGUUAGUGCUGAGAAAUGCACUUUAACAUGGAGACCUCCCCAGCAAGAUGGUGGAAGUGAUAUUUCCCAUUAUAUCGUAGAGAGACGAGAAACUAGCCGCUUAGUUUGGACAGUGGUUGAUAGCAAUGUGCAAACUCUGAGCUGCAAAGUAACAAAACUUUUGGAAGGCAAUGAAUACAUCUUCCGUGUUAUGUCUGUAAAUAAGUAUGGAAUUGGCGAACCACUUGAAUCUGAACCAAUCCAUGCAAGGAAUCCAUAUGUUGUUCCACAAGCUCCAAAAACUCCUGAGGUCACAGCUGUUACAAAAGACUCCAUGAUUGUUGUUUGGGAAAGACCUCCAUUUGAUGGCGGCAGUGAAAUAACAGGCUAUGUUCUUGAAAAGCGUGACAAAGAAGGCAUACGUUGGAUCAGAUGCAAUAAGCGUAUAAUUAGUGAACUACGCUUCAGAGUAACAGGUCUUGUUGAAUCUCAUCUUUAUGAAUUCAGAGUAUCUGCUGAAAAUGCUGCAGGUUUAAGUGAACCAAGUCCAUCUUCCAUUUAUUAUAAGGCAUGUGAUCCUAUUUAUAAACCAGGUCCUCCAAAUAACCCAAGAGCAGUUGAUGUUACAAGAUCUUCAGUAAUACUUUCAUGGGGUAAACCAAUCUAUGAUGGUGGAUGUGAGAUCCAGGGUUAUAUUGUUGAAAAGUGUGACCUCAGCAGUGAAGAGUGGUCCAUUUGUACCCCCCCAAGUGGCAUAAAAGAAACCAGAUUUGAAGUUGAGAAACUGUUGGAAAAACAUGAAUAUGAAUUCCGUAUAUGUGCAGUUAACAAAGCUGGAGUUGGAGAGCAUGCAGAUCUCCCUACAUCAAUUAUUGUAGAAGAAAAGCUGGAAGUGCCUGAUUUAGAUCUAGAUCCAGAACUCAGAAAGAUUGUAAAUGUAAGAGCUGGUGGCUCAUUAAGACUAUUCAUUCCAAUCAGAGGGCGUCCAGCUCCUGAGGUUAAAUGGGGAAAAGUUGAAGGUGAUAUCAGAGACAUAGCUCAGAUCGAUGUCACUAGUAGUUUCACUACACUCGUAAUAGACAAUGUUAAUAGAUUAGAUUCUGGAAGAUACACACUAACACUAGAAAACAGCAGUGGCACAAAAUCUGCAUUUAUAAGUGUUCGGGUUCUGGAUACACCAAGCGAACCUGUAAAUCUCAAAAUAAAAGAAGUCACCAAGGAAUCGGUAUCCCUUACAUGGGAGCCACCUGUAUUGGAUGGUGGUGCUAAGAUAAAGAAUUACAUAAUUGAAAAACGUGAAACAACCAGAAAAGCUUAUGCAGCUGUUGCAACAAACUGCCACAAAACAUCCUGGAAAAUAGACCAGCUUCAGGAAGGUUGCAGCUACUAUUUCAGGGUAAUCGCAGAAAAUGAAUAUGGCAUUGGUGUUCCGGCAGAAACUGCAGAUCCUAUUAAGGUAUCUGAAGUUCCACAGCCUCCAGGCAAAAUAACAGUUGUUGAUGUAACAAGAAAUAGUGUAUCACUUUCAUGGGAAAAACCUGAACAUGAUGGAGGCAGCAAGAUAAUUCAAUACAUUGUCGAAAUGCAAGCUAAAGGAACUGAUAAAUGGUCAGACUGUGUUCGUGUUAAAGCUCUUGAAGCAGUAAUAACAAACUUAGCACAAGGAGGAGAAUAUCUCUUUAGGGUUGUGGCAGUUAAUGAGAAGGGUAAGAGUGAUCCAAGAUCUCUUGCAGUUCCAGUAGUUGCCAAAGACAUAGUUAUAGAGGCAGACAUCCGUCCUGCAUUCAGUAGUUACAGUGUUCAAGUUGGACAUGAUUUGAAAGUUGAAGUUCCCAUUUCUGGAAGACCAAAGCCUGAAAUUACUUGGACAAAAGAUGGUCAGCCUCUGAAGCAGACAACACGAGUUAAUGUUACAGAUACGUUAAAUCUUACUGUAUUGAAUAUUAAGGAAACUACUAAAGAUGACUCUGGCAUGUAUGCAAUUGCAGUCUCCAACAUUCUUGGUCAAAGGGUAGCUUCUGUUGAAAUUAUUACAUUAGACAAGCCUGAUCCACCAAGUGGCCCAGUGAAGUUUGAUGAUAUUAGUGCAGAAAGCAUUACAAUUUCCUGGAACUCUCCCUUAUAUACAGGAGGUUGCCAGAUUUCAAAUUAUGUAGUUGAAAAGAGAGACACAACUACCACACUGUGGGAAACAGUCUCAGCUACAGUUGCUAGAACUACACUAAAGGUGUCAAAACUGAAGACUGGAACGGAAUACCAAUUCAAAAUAUUUACAGAAAACAGAUAUGGAAGAAGCUUUGGGUUAGAUUCUGAAGCAGUAGUAGCACAGUAUCCUUACAAGGAACCUGGACCACCCGGUACACCAUUUUCUGCAACUAUAACAAAGGAUAGUAUGAUUGUUCAGUGGCAUGAGCCUAUUAAUGAUGGUGGAAGCAGAGUCUUAGGAUAUCAUCUUGAGCGGAAAGAAAGAAACAGUAUUAUGUGGACAAAGAUUAAUAAAACUAUUAUUCCAGACACAUAUUUUAAGACCACUAACCUUGAGGAAGGCAUUGAGUAUGAGUUUAGAGUUUAUGCUGAAAAUAUUGUUGGCAUUGGCAAACCAAGCAAAGUUUCUGAGUGCUACUUUGCCCGAGACCCAUGUGAUCCUCCAGGUUGCCCUGAACCAAUAAUUGUAACAAGAAGUGGAAUUACACUAAGCUGGAAAAAGCCUGAAUAUGAUGGUGGAAGCAUGAUAACUGGCUACAUUGUUGAAAAACGUGAUUUACCUGAGGGACGAUGGAUGAAAGCAAGUUUUACAAAUGUAAUUGAGACACAGUUUACAGUAACAGGGCUCACUGAAGAUCAGAGAUAUGACUUCAGAGUUAUUGCAAGGAAUGCUGCAGGAACUUUCAGCAAGCCUUCUGAUAGUACAGGACCAAUUACUGCAAAGGAUGAAGUAGAUCCACCUAGAAUUUCAAUGGAUCCAAAAUACAAAGAAACCAUUGUCAUUAAUGCAGGUGAAACAUUCAAACUUAAUGCUGAUGUACAUGGAAAACCUCUACCUUUGAUACAGUGGUUUAAAGGUGAUAAAGAAGUUGAGGAUUCAGCUAGAUGUGAGAUUAAGAAUUCUGAUUUCAAAGCCCUUAUUGUUGUAAAGGAUGCAAUUAGAAUUGAUGGAGGACAGUAUAUCUUGCAAGCUUCCAAUGUUGCAGGAACAAAGUCAGUACCUAUUAAUGUUAAAGUACUAGAUAGACCAGGGCCUCCAGAGGGUCCUGUUCAUGUUACUGGAGUAACAUCUGACAAAUGCUCAUUGGCAUGGACUCCACCUCAACAUGAUGGAGGCAACGAUAUUUCUCACUACAUAAUUGAAAAGCGAGAAACAAGUCGCCUUGCCUGGACUGUUGUUGCUACUGAAGUUGUACCUACAUCACUAAAAGUAACAAAACUUUUGGAAGGCAAUGAAUAUAUAUUCCGAAUAAUGGCUGUGAACAAAUAUGGUGUUGGUGAACCACUGGAGUCUGCACCGGUAAUGAUGAAAAAUCCAUUUGUGCCUCCAGGUCCACCAAAAGCUCUGGAAGUAACUAACAUUGCAAAGGACUCUAUGACUGUUUGUUGGAGUCGACCAGAUAAUGAUGGAGGCAGCGAAAUCAUUGGCUAUAUUGUAGAAAAACGAGAUAGGGCUGGCAUUAGGUGGACUAAAUGCAACAAACGCAGGGUAACAGAUUUAAGAUUUAGAGUUACAGGAUUAACAGAAGAACAUGAAUAUGAAUAUAGAUUAUCAUCUGAAAAUGCUGCUGGAAUUAGUAAACCAAGCCAGGCUUCAGCCUACUUUAAAGCAUGUGAUCCAAUUUUUAAACCCGGGCCACCUACAAAUCCACACAUUGUGGAUACAACUAAAAACUCUGUUGCAAUUGUUUGGGGCAAACCUAUUUAUGAUGGUGGAAGUGAUAUACAAGGCUAUAUUGUAGAAAUCUGUCAAGAAGAUGAAGAAGACUGGACAAUGUGUACUCCUCAGACUGGUUUACAGGUUACUAAAUAUGAGAUCACAAAACUUAUUGAACAUCAACAAUAUCAAGUCCGUAUCUGUGCUAUAAAUAAGGCUGGAGUAGGUGAAGCUGCUGCAGUUCCAGGUACUGUAAAACCAGAAGAUAAACUUGAAGCUCCAGAGAUUGACCUUGAUUCUGAACUAAGAAAAGGAAUACUGGUGAGAGCAGGUGGAAAUGCAAGAAUUCAUAUUCCGUUUAAAGGAAGACCUACCCCAGAAAUAAACUGGUCAAAAGAAGAUGGAGAGCUCACUGAAAAAUCACAAAUAGAAAGAUGUCUAAACUACACCCAACUUUCAAUUGAUAACUGUGACAGAAAUGAUGCUGGAAAGUAUGUACUUAAGCUUGAAAACAGCAGUGGCUCAAAAUCUGCAUUUGUAACCCUGAAGGUUCUUGACACACCAGGCCCACCUAUAAACCUCCUUGUGAAAGAAAUAAAGAAAGAUUCAAUCACACUUACAUGGGAACCUUCUCUAAUUGAUGGUGGUGCAAAGAUAAAGAAUUACGUUAUUGAUAAGCGAGAGUCCACUAGGAAAGCAUAUGCCAAUGUUACAGCUAAAUGCAAUAAAACAAAUUACAAAGUGGACAAUCUUAUUGAAGGAGCCAUAUAUUAUUUCAGAGUUAUGGCUGAAAACGAAUUUGGUGUUGGUGUGCCAGUGGAAACAGUGGAUGCAGUAAAAGCAUCUGAAGCUCCACAACCUCCAGGCAAAAUCAUUCUCACAGAUGUUACCCAAAGAAGUGCAUCACUUAUAUGGGAGAAACCAGAACAUGAUGGAGGCAGCAGACUCAUAGGAUACUUAGUUGAAAUGCAACCCAAAGGUGUGGAUAAAUGGAGCACUGUUACUGAAACUAAAACGUGUAGUGCUGUUGUUUCAGGAUUAAGCCCAGGGCAAGAAUAUUCAUUCCGUGUGCUUGCAUACAAUGAAAAAGGAAAAAGUGAUCCAAGAAUACUUGGUAUUCCAUUGAUAGCUAAAGACUUAACAAUUGAGCCAAGCUUUAAAAUAAUGUUUAACUCAUAUAAUGUACAAGCUGGUGAAGAUCUCAAGAUAGACAUCCCUGUUAUAGGUAGACCUAAGCCAACCAUUGCCUGGACAAAAGAUAGUCAGCCACUGAAACAAACAACAAGAGUAAAUGUUGAGGACACACCAUCAUCCACUAUUUUACAUAUCAAGGAAAGCAACAAAGAUGACUUUGGCAAAUACACAGUUACUGCAACAAAUAAUGCUGGCACAACAACUGAAAACAUUAGCAUUAUUAUUCUAGACAAACCUGGACCACCAAAUGGUCCUGUACGUUUUGAUGAAAUUAGUGCUAAUUUUGUAGUAUUUUCAUGGGAUGCUCCAGAAUACACAGGUGGAUGUCAGAUUAAUAAUUACAUAGUUGAAAAACGUGACACAACUACCACAGCAUGGCAGAUGGUGUCAGCUACAGUUGCAAGAACAACGAUCAAAGUAACCAAACUUAUAACAGGAUCUGAAUAUCAAUUCAGAAUACAUGCUGAAAAUAGGUAUGGAAAGAGUACACCUCUAGAUUCUGCUGCAGUUGUUGUACAAUAUCCCUACAAAGAACCAGGACCUCCAGGAACACCAUUUGUUACAUCACUUUCAAAGGAUCACAUGCUUGUCCAGUGGCAUGAGCCAGUAAAUGAUGGAGGAAGCAAAGUACUGGGAUACCAUUUAGAACGCAAAGAAAAGAACAGUAUACUCUGGGCAAAAUUGAAUAAAACUCUAAUCCAAGACACCAAACUGAAAACAAAUGGCCUUGAAGAGGGUCUAGUAUAUGAGUUUAGAGUAUAUGCUGAGAAUAUUGUUGGCAUUGGAAAAGUAAGUAAGGCAUCAGAAUGCUAUGUUGCCCGUGAUCCUUGCGAUCCUCCUGGACGUCCAGAAGCCAUUGAAAUCACAAGAAACUAUGUGAAUCUUCAGUGGACCAAACCAGAGUAUGAUGGUGGCAGUAAAGUAAUAGGUUACAUUGUAGAGAAGAAAGAAUUACCUGAUGGCCGCUGGAUGAAGGCCAGCUUCACAAAUGUAUUAGAAACAGAAUUCAGAGCAACUGGGCUUACAGAGGAUCAAAGAUAUGAGUUUAGAGUUAUUGCAAGAAAUGCUGCUGGAAACUUUAGUGAACCUUCAGAAAGCACUGGGCCAAUAACUGCUAGAGAUGAAAUUGAUGCCCCAACAGCAUCCCUAGAUCCAAAGUACAAGGAUUUGAUUAUUGUAAAUGCUGGAGACACUUUUGUUCUUGAAGCUGAUAUCCAUGGUAAACCAAUACCUGAAAUUGCUUGGUCCAAAGAUGGAAAAGAGCUUGAAGCCGCAACAGCAAGAAUGGAAAUAAAAUCCACCAUUCAAAAGACAACACUCAUUAUCAAAGACUGUGUUAGAGUUGAUGGUGGCCAGUACAUUCUGAACCUCAGUAAUGUUGGUGGAACAAAGUCUACUCCUAUAACUGUUAAAGUUCUUGAUCGACCAGGCCCACCAGAAGGUCCAUUGAAAGUAACAGGUGUAACAGCAGAUAAAUGUUACUUGGCAUGGGGUCCACCUGCACAUGAUGGUGGAGCAAAUAUCUCCCAUUAUAUUAUCGAGAAAAGAGAAACAAGCAGACUCUCAUGGACUCAAGUUGAAUCAAAUGUUCAGGCUCUUAGUCUCAAAGUCACAAAAUUACUUACAGGAAAUGAAUAUAUCUUCCGUGUAGUGGCUGUAAAUAAAUAUGGAAUUGGAGAGCCCUUAGAAUCAGAACCAGUCUUGGCUCGCAAUCCUUUCAAGCCUCCAAGUGCACCUUCAACACCUGAGGUUACAAACAUCACAAAAGAUUCUAUGGUUGUUACCUGGGGUCGUCCACAAGACAAUGGUGGGGCAGAAAUAGAAGGCUAUAUUCUUGAAAAGCGUGAUAAAGAUGGUAUUCGUUGGACAAAAUGCAAUAAAAAACGAUUAACUGAUUUACGUCUCAGAGUAACAGGCCUUACAGAGGGACAUUUCUAUGAAUACAGAGUUUCUUCUGAAAAUGCAGCUGGAGUAGGAGAGCCUAGUGAACCAUCUAUUUUCUACAGGGCUUGUGAUGCUGUCUAUCCACCAGGUCCUCCAAGCAACCCAAAAGUAACUGAUGCAUCUAGAUCAUCUGUUUCUCUUGCUUGGAGUAAACCAAUUUAUGAUGGUGGAGCCCUAGUUUCAGGCUAUGUUAUAGAAAUUAAAGAAUCAGCUUCUGAUGAAUGGACAACAUGCACCCCACCAACAGGACUCCAGGGUAAACAAUUUACAGUAACAAAACUGAAAGAAAACACAGAAUAUUGCUUCCGUAUUUGUGCCAUUAACUCAGAAGGAGUUGGAGAACCUGCUGCUAUUCCAGGAACUGUAAUUGCUGCUGAUAAGUUGGAGCCUCCUGAAAUUGAACUUGAUGCUGACUUAAGAAAGACUGUUACUGUCCGUGCUAGUGGGACACUUCGCUUGUUUGUCACAAUCAGAGGUAGACCAGAACCUGAAGUAAAAUGGGAAAAAGCAGAAGGCACUCUGAGUGACAGAUCCCAGAUUGAAGUUACAAGCUCAUAUACAAUGUUAGUAAUUGAUAAUGUUAACCGAUUUGAUAGUGGAAAAUAUAAUCUUACAUUGGAAAAUAACAGUGGUUCAAAAACAGCUUUCAUCAAUGUUAGAGUGCUUGAUUCUCCAAGUGCCCCAGAAAACCUGAAAAUCAAAGAAAUUAAGAAAGAUUCGGUAACAUUGUCUUGGGAGCCACCACUGAUUGAUGGAGGAUCCAAAAUAACUAACUACAUUGUUGAAAAACGUGAAUCCACAAGAAAGGCAUAUGCUACAGUAACCAAUAAUUGCACAAAAAAUACAUAUAAAAUUGAACAGUUACAAGAAGGAGGCAUUUACUACUUCCGUGUUCUAGCUGCCAAUGAACAGGGUGUUGGUUUGCCAGCAAGUACACCUGAUGCAAUAAAGGUGUCCGAAGCACCUCUUCCUCCUGGAAGGGUUACUCUGAUUGAUGUAACUCGCAACAGUGCUAGUAUAUCAUGGGAAAAACCAGAGAGUGAUGGCGGUAGCAAAAUUACAAGCUACACUGUGGAGAUGCAAACUAAAGGAAGUGAAAAAUGGAGCAUAUGUACUCAAGUGAAGACCCUUGAAGCAAUCAUAAAAGGCCUUACAUUGGGAGAAGAAUAUACUUUCAGAGUAAUUGCUGUAAAUGAGAAAGGAAAGAGUGAUGCAAGACAAUUAGGUGUACCUGUGGUUGCCAAGGAUAUUGAAGUCCAACCAAAAAUUGAGCUACUAUUCAAUACCUUUAGUGUAAAAGUUGGAGAUGACCUUAAAAUUGAUGUACCCAUUCGAGGAAGACCAGUUCCAGCCAUAAUUUGGAAGAAAGAUGGUCAAGCAUUAAAACAAACAACUCGAGUAAAUGUCCAGGUUUCAAAGACGUCCACUUUACUUUCGAUAAAAGAAGCCUCAAAAGAUGAUGUUGGAACAUAUGAAUUAACUGCUUCAAAUACUGCAGGAUCAACAACAGUAUCAAUUGGUGUUAUAGUGCUUGACAAACCUGGACCACCAGGCCCUAUACAAGUUGAGGAUAUCAGUUCAGACAGCAUUUCAUUCUCAUGGAGUCAACCUGAAUAUGAUGGUGGCUGUCAUAUCAGUAAUUAUGUGGUAGAAAAGAGAGACACAACUACAACAGUGUGGGAAUUAGUCUCUGCAACAGUGGCUAGAACAUCUAUUAAAGUUGCACGAUUAACUACUGGGUCAGAAUAUCAAUUCCGUGUGUAUGCAGAGAACCGCUAUGGUAGAAGCCAUUGUAGUGAAAGCCCAGCUAUUGUUGCUCAAUAUCCAUUUAAACCACCAGGCCCCCCAGGAACACCCCAAGUUGUUCAUGCCACAAAAGCUUUCAUGGUUGUAAACUGGCAAAUUCCAGUGAAUGAUGGUGGAAGUCAAGUUCUUGGAUAUCAUUUGGAGAAGAAAGAAAGAAGUAGCAUUCUAUGGACAAAAGUAAACAAAACUCUUAUAAAUGAUACACAACUAAAGGUAACUGGUCUUGAAGAAGGACUGAUGUAUGAAUAUCGGGUAUAUGCUGAAAAUAAUGCUGGAAUUGGAAAGUGCAGCAAAUCAUGUGAGCCAAUUGCUGCAAGGGAUCCAUGUGAUCCCCCAGGCCAACCAGAAGUUACUAAUAUCACAAGAACAUCUGUAUCAUUGUCCUGGACUAAACCAGAAUAUGAUGGUGGAGCAAAGAUUACAGGAUACAUUAUUGAAAGGCGAGAAUUGCCUGAUGGACGUUGGCUUAAAUGCAAUUUUACCAAUAUUCAGGAGACUUACUUUGAUGUAACUGCUCUUACAGAAGAUACGAGAUAUGACUUCCGUGUUAUUGCAAAGAAUGCUGCAGGAUUAUUUAGUGAGCCAUCUGAAACAACAGGACCUAUAACAGUAAAGGAUGAUGUAGAUGCCCCACAAAUAAUGAUGGAUGUAAAAUUUAGAGAUGUUGUAGUUGUCAAAGCUGGAGAGAUCUUUAAAAUUAAUGCAGAUAUUGCAGGACGUCCUCAUCCUGUAGUUUCAUGGACAAAGGAUGGAAAAGAAAUUGAAGAAAAAGCAAGAGUUGAAAUCAGUUCAACAGAUAACAGCACUGUUCUUACUGUAAAAGACUGCAUAAGAAGGGAUUCGGGUCAAUAUGUCUUAACCUUACAAAAUGUUGCAGGAACAAGGUCUUUAGCUGUUAACUGCAAAGUACUUGACAGGCCCGGUCCUUCUGCUGGUCCACUACAAAUCACUGGUGUAACAGCUGAAAAGUGCACACUGUCCUGGGGACUUCCUCAAGAAAAUGGUGGGGCUGAAAUUGACUACUAUAUUAUUGAAAAGAGAGAAACAAGUCGUAUUGCCUGGACCAUUUGUGAGUCAGAACUACAUACCACUUCUUGUAAAGUAACAAAACUUCUAAAGGGUAAUGAAUAUGUUUUCAGAGUGAUGGGUGUUAAUAAAUAUGGAGUUGGUGAACCAUUAGAGAGUGAACCUGUUAAGGCAAUGGAUCCAUUUACAGUACCAAAUCCACCAAAAUCAUUGGAUAUCACAAGUGUGACUAAAGAAUCUAUGACUCUUUGCUGGGCAAGACCAGAAAGUGAUGGUGGUAGUGAAAUAUCUGGAUAUAUUAUUGAAAGAAGGGAGAAGAAUAGUCUGAGAUGGUUGCGUGUAAACAAAAAACCUGUUUAUGAUCUAAGAGUUAAGUCCUCUGGCUUAAGAGAAGGAUGUGACUAUGAAUAUCGUGUCUAUGCUAAAAAUGCUGCAGGCAUUAGUUCCCCAAGUGAGUGUUCACCAUUGAUCCGUGCAGAGGAUCCAAUAUUCUUGCCAUCACCACCAACAAAACCAAAAAUUGUAGAUUCAACAAAGACAACCACGACAUUAGAAUGGACAAAACCCUUGUUUGAUGGAGGAUCUCCAGUAACUGGUUAUGCAGUUGAAUACAAAAAAUCUGAUGGAAGUGAAUGGACAACAGCUGUCACCAAUGUUAAAGGUACAGAAUACACAGUUAUUGCUCUAACAUCUGGUGCUGAAUACUCAUUUAGAGUUAAAUCAAUCAAUAAGGUUGGCACAAGUGACCCAAGUGAAAACACUGAGCCUCAUAUAGUAAAGGAAAGAGAAGAAGAACCUGUAUUUGAUAUUGACAGUGAAAUGAGAAAGACAUUAAUAGUCAAAUCGGGUGGAUCAUUUACAAUGACAGUGCCUUUCAGAGGAAAACCUGUUCCCAAUGUAAUGUGGAGUAAGGCCGACAUUGACCUUAGAUCAAGAGCUACUAUUGAUACAACAGACAGUCGAACAUCACUCACUAUUGAAAAAGCAACAAGAAAUGAUUCUGGAAAGUACAGACUCACCCUGCAGAAUGUUCUAAACACAGCUACAUUGACUUUAGUUGUAAAGGUGCUAGACUCUCCUGGACCUCCUUCUAACAUUGUUGUGAAAGAAGUAACAAAAGAAUCUGCAGUUAUAUCUUGGGAUGUUCCUGAAAAUGAUGGCGGUGCACCAGUUAAGAAUUACUACAUUGAAAAACGAGAAGCAAGUAAGAAAGCUUGGGUCUCUGUGACAAAUAAUUGUCAUCGUCUUACAUACAAGGUCACCAAUCUUCAAGAGAGUGGAGUUUAUUACUUUAGAAUUUCUGGAGAAAAUGAAUUUGGUGUUGGAGUCCCUGCUGAGACAAAGGAUGGUGUGAAAAUAACAGAGAGACCUAGUCCACCAGAAAAACUUGGAGUGACAAAUGUGACCAAAGACAGCGUUUCCCUUUCUUGGAUGAAACCUGAUCACGAUGGAGGAAGCAAAAUUAUGGGUUACCUCAUUGAAGCCCUUGAAAAAGGACAGCAAAAGUGGACAAAGUGUGCAGUAGUUAAGUCAACACAUCAUGUCAUACGUGGUCUGAAAGAAAAUGUUGACUACUUCUUCAGAGUACUUGCUGAAAAUCAAGCUGGUCUCAGUGAUCCCAAAGAACUUCUGCUUCCUAUCACUGUUAAAGAAAAACUGGAAUCACCUGAAAUUGACAUGAGAGGUUAUCCAAACAGCACUGUUUAUGUAAGAUCAGGAUCAAACCUUAAAGUGGAGAUACCUAUUACUGGAAAACCUCUUCCUAAAUUAACCUUAUCUAGGGAUGGCCUUCUAGUAAAAUCCACUCUGAGAUUUAACACUGAAACCACAGCAGAAAGUGUUAUAAUUAAUCUUAAAGAAAGUGUUGCUUCUGAUGCUGGAAAAUAUGAGCUUACUGCUUCCAACUCCAGUGGAACAACUAAAGCCAAUCUAAAUAUUGUAGUUUUAGACAGACCCGGUCCUCCUCUUGGUCCUGUUGUUAUCAGUGAUGUCACUGAAGACAGUGUAACACUUCAGUGGGAGGCUCCUUCCUAUGAUGGUGGAAGCCAAGUCACCAACUACAUUGUCCUGAAGAGAGAAACAAGCACUGCAGCUUGGUCAGAAGUUUCAUCAACAGUUGCUAGAAAUACAACAAGAGUAAUGAAACUCACAAAAGGAGAAGAAUACCAGUUCCGCAUCAAAGCUGAAAAUCGCUUUGGCAUCAGUGAUCACAUAGAUUCACAAUGUGUGACUGUCAAACUUCCAUACACAAUACCUGGACCACCAUCAACUCCAUGGGUAAGCAUGGUUACACGAGAAAGUAUAACUGUAGGAUGGCAUGAACCUGUAUCAAAUGGUGGCAGUGCUGUAAUUGGAUACCAUCUUGAAAUGAAGGAUAGAAACAGCAUAUUAUGGCAGAAAGCAAACAAGACAAUUAUACGCACAAGUCAUCUCAAGGUUACCAACAUCAGUGCUGGAUUAAUCUAUGAAUUCAGAGUAUUUGCUGAAAACGCUGCUGGUAUUGGAAAAGCAAGUCAUCCUUCUGAACCUGUUCUUGCCAUUGAUUCAUGCGAACCACCAAGGAAUGUCCAUGUCACCGAUAUUUCAAAGGCUUCAGUUAGCUUGACCUGGCAGAAACCUGCAUAUGAUGGAGGUAGCAAAAUUACUGGAUAUAUUGUGGAAAAACGUGAUCUUCCCAAUGGCAGGUGGACAAAAGCCAGUUUCACUAAUGUUAUUGAGACACAGUUCACUGUAUCUGGCUUAACCCAAAGCUCCCAAUAUGAAUUCCGUGUUUUCGCUAAAAAUGCUGUUGGUUCCAUUAGUAACCCAUCAGAUUUUGCAGGACCCAUCACUUGUGUUGACACUUAUGGUGCACCUCAAAUUGACUUACCACCAGAAUAUACAGAUGUUGUCAAGUUUAAGGCUGGAGCCUUAGUUAAAUUAAAAGUUGGUAUAUCAGGAAAACCAUUCCCCACAAUUGAAUGGUUCAAGAAUGGAAAGGAAAUAGAAACAAGUGCACAAGUGUCGGUUGAAAAUACUACUGAGUUUGCUUCUAUCAUUAUUAAGGAUGCCUCCAGAAUCAACAGCGGCCAUUAUGAAUUAAGAUUAAAGAAUGCAAUGGGCACUGCCUCAGCAAGCAUCAGAGUACAAAUGCUGGACAAAUCUGGACCCCCAGCAGGUCUUAUACAGUUUAAAACAGUCACUGCUGAAAAGGUCACUUUCAGCUGGGAGCCACCAGUUGAUGAUGGAGGUGCAGUUGUCACACAUUACAUUGUGGAAAAACGUGAAACAAGUAGAAUAAUGUGGUCUUUGGUGUCAGAAAGGCACGAAGAGAGUCUUAUAACUGUUACCAAACUGAUUAAAGGAAAUGAAUACAUAUUCCGUGUCAGAGGAGUAAACAAAUAUGGAAUUGGAGAUCCUUUGGAGUCAGAGCCAGUAAUAGCAAAAAAUGCCUAUGUAACACCUGGACCACCCAGUGUUCCUGAGGUUGCAAUGAUAACAAAGAAUACAAUGAGUGUCACUUGGAAUAGACCAACAGUUGAUGGAGGCAGUGACAUUAGUGGAUAUUACCUUGAGAAACGUGAUAAGAAGAGUUUACGCUGGUUUAAGGUUAUUAAGGAAUCUAUUCGUGACACAAGGCAAAAAGUAAUAGGGCUCACUGAAGAAGGGGAGUACCAGUACAGAGUCUGUGCAAUUAAUGCUGCUGGCCAAGGUCCAUUCUCUGAUGCAUCUGAUUACUACAAAGCUUUAGAUCCAAUAGAUAAACCUGGACAACCAACCAAGCUCAAGAUAGUUGAUAGCACAAAAUCAUCCAUAACCCUGAACUGGACGAAACCUGUCUAUGAUGGAGGAAGUUCUAUUACAAGUUAUGUAGUGGAAGCCAGGGAAGAAGGUGCAGAAGAAUGGACUGUAGUUAGUGCUAAAGGAGAAGUGAGAACAACAGAAUUUGUUGUUUCCCUACUUAAGACUGGUGUGAACUACUUAUUCCGUGUGUCUGCUGUUAACAGUGCUGGUAAAGGAGAACCAAUUGAGAUGACAGAGCCUGCACAAGCUAAAGACAUACUUGAGGAACCAGAGAUUGAUCUUGAUGUUGCUCUCAGAACCUCUAUAGUAGCCAAGGCAGGUGAAGAUGUGCAAAUAAUGAUUCCAUUCAAAGGAAGACCAGCACCAGGUGUAACAUGGAGAAAAGGAGAGAAAAACAUUAGCAAUGACCCAAGAUACAGUAUACAAAAUACAGAAUCAUCAACAUUAGUUGAUAUUCCCCAAGUUGACCGUAAUGACACUGGGAAGUAUGUGCUCACAAUAGAAAAUGGUGUAGGCCAACCAAAAUCAACAUUUGUUACUGUCAAGGUACUUGAUACACCAUCUGAAUGCCAGAAACUGCAAAUGAAGAAUAUUUCACGGGGUACUGUGACAUUAGUAUGGGAACCGCCUCUCAUUAAUGGUGGAGCUGAAGUGACCAACUAUGUUAUCGAAAAGCGUGAUGCUACCAAGAGAGCCUGGGCAGCUGUUACAACUAAAUGUUCUAAUACAUCAUUUAAGAUCACUGGUUUGUCAGAGAAGACUGCAUUCUUUUUCCGAGUUAUUGCACAAAAUGAAAAUGGACUGGGAGAACCCUCUGAAACAGCAGAGCCUGUGAAAGCAUCUGAAGUUCCUGGAUCUAUAAAAGAUCUAAUAAUUAAAGAUUCUACAAAAACAUCAGUUAUACUUUCUUGGAGCAAACCAGACUAUGAUGGUGGCAGUAUUGUCACUGAAUAUGGAAUUGAAAGCAAACUGAAAGAUAUGCAAGAAUGGUCUCAUGCUGGCAUCAGUAAAGUUUGUGAAUAUGAAGUCACUAAGCUUAAGGAACUUUCAGUUAUGGAUUUUAGAGUUGCAGCAAAAAAUGAAAAAGGCUUAAGUGACUGGGUAAAUGUUGGACCCAUUACCGUCAAAGACAAUGUAAUCACACCAGAAGCGGACAUUUCUGAAAUAGUUGGAGGCCAAAUCACUGUACACAUUGGGCACAAUGUGCAAAUAGAACUACCCUACAAAGGUAAACCUAGACCAACUAUAUCUUGGUUGAAGGAUAAUGUUCCUCUUAAAGAAAGUGAGCAAGUAAGAUUUAAGAAAACUGAAUCAAAAUUAAGUCUAAAUAUCAAGAAUGUCAAAAAGGAAAAUGGUGGCAAGUAUACAUUGAUUCUUGAUAAUUCCAUUUCUCGUAAGUCCUAUGCAAUAACUGUCAUAACUCUUGGUCCCCCAUCUAAACCAAAGGGUUCAAUUAGAUUUGAUGAAAUCAAGGCUGACAGCAUAAUUUUGUCUUGGGAUGCUCCAGAAGACAAUGGAGGAGGAGAAAUUACUUGUUAUAGCAUAGAGAAGCGUGAAACUUCCCAAACUAACUGGAAGAUGGUAUGCUCCAGUGUUGCCAGAACUUCUUUCAAGAUUCCAAAUCUAGUCAAAGGAACUGAAUACCAAUUUAGGGUAAAGGCUGAAAACAGAUAUGGAGUGAGCCCACCACUAAAUUCUGUAGAUAUCAUUGCUAAACACCAAUUUAGACCACCUGGCCCACCAGGGAAGCCAAUUGUUUAUAAUGUUACUUCUGAUGGAAUGACAAUUUCAUGGGAUGCACCAAUAUAUGAUGGAGGAUCUGAAGUCACAGGAUUCCAUGUUGAAAAGAAAGAAAGAAACAGCAUACUGUGGCAGCGUGUUAACACCUCACCAAUUUCCAAUCGGGAAUACAGAAUAACAGGGUUGAUUGAGGGAUUGGACUACCAGUUCCGUUCAAUUGCUGAAAAUAGUGCUGGCCUUAGCCUUGUGAGUGAGCCCAGCAAAUUCACACUUGCGGUUUCUCCUGUUGAUCCCCCUGGCACUCCUGACUACAUUGAUGUCACAAGGGAAACUGUCACCCUUAAAUGGAACCCUCCUCUGCGCGAUGGCGGCAGCAAAAUUGUGGCUUACAGUAUCGAAAAACGUCAAGGAAAGGAUCGAUGGGUUAGAUGCAACUUUACAGAUGUUUCUGAAUGCCAGUAUACAGUAACUGGACUUAGCCCUGGUGAUCGCUAUGAAUUUAGAAUCAUUGCAAGAAAUGCUGUUGGAACAAUCAGCCCCCCUUCCCAGUCUUCUGGAUAUAUUUUGACCAGAGAUGAAAGCAUUCCUCCAUCUAUUGAGUUUGAACACUUUGAAAGUCUUACAGUCAAGACUGGAGAGAGCAUAAGGGUUAAAGCAUUGAUUAAAGGACGCCCAGUACCUCAAGUGAUUUGGCUCAAAGAUGGAGAAGAAAUUAACAAGAAGAUGAACAUUGAAGUCAGCGGUGGAAUCGGUUACAGCAGUAUCUUUGUUAGAGAUGCCACUCGUGACCAUCGUGGUGUAUACAGUGUGGAAGCAAAGAAUUCUUGUGGCACCGAAAAAGAAGACAUGACAAUAAGAGUGCAAGCUACACCUGGACAAGUUGGUGGACCUAUAAGAUUCAGCAACAUAAGUGGAGAAAAAUUAACAUUAUGGUGGGAGCCUCCUGCUAAUGAUGGUUGUGCCGCUAUAUCUCAUUAUGUUAUUGAAAAGAGAGAGACAAGUAGAUUAUCAUGGGCAUUGGUUGAUGACAAAUGUGAAGCCUGUUCAUACACUGUUAGCAAACUUAUUAAAGGCAAUGAAUACCAGUUCCGCAUUUCUGCAGCAAAUCAGUUUGGUGCUGGCAAACCCUUGGAUUCAGAAGCAGUUGUUGCACAAAUACAAUACACUGUUCCAGAUGCACCUGGUGUACCAGAUUCUACCCAUGUAACUGGAAAUAGCAUCACCCUCACAUGGGCAAGGCCAAAAUCUGAUGGUGGAAAUGAAAUAAGGCAUUACAUUCUUGAACGAAGAGAGAAAAAGAGUCUGCGCUGGGUGAAAGUAUCAAGCAAAAAAACAAUUACAGAGACAAGAUUCAGAGUAACUGGACUGAUUGAAGGAAAUCAGUAUGAAUUCCGUGUAAUGGCUGAAAAUGCAGGUGGUGUUGGAGAGGCUAGUGGAAUAUCCAGACUUAUAAAAUGUAAAGAGCCUGUGAACCCUCCAAGUGCACCAAGCAUUGUUAAAGUAACAGAUACAACUAAAACAUCAGUGUCUUUAGAAUGGACAAUACCUGCUUUUGAUGGUGGCAUGGAGAUAAUUGGAUAUGUUAUUGAAAUGUGCAAAGCUGAUCUUGGUGAAUGGCACAAAGUAAAUGCAGAAGCUGUUGUCGCUACAAAGUAUACUGUUGUUGAUCUUGAAGCUGGACAAGAAUACAAAUUUAGAGUUUCUGCGGUCAAUGGAGUUGGUAAAGGAGACAGCUGUGAAGUGCCAGCUAUAGUACAAACUGCAGACAGAUUAACUUCUCCUGAAAUUGAUAUUGAUGCCAACUUCAAGCAAACUCACAUUGUUAGAGCUGGAGCAAGCAUACGUCUGUUCAUUGCUUUCAAGGGAAGACCUACUCCCGUAGCAACCUGGACCAAAUCAGAUUCCGACCUUAGCCUGAGAGCUGAUAUUCAUACAACAGACUCUUUUAGUACUUUAACUGUAGAGGACUGUAACAGGUAUGAUUCUGGUAAAUACACUCUUACUGUAGAAAACAAUAGUGGCAGCAAGUCUAUUACAUUCACUGUCAAAGUUCUGGAUUCUCCUGGUCCACCAGGCACAAUUACUUUCAAGGAUGUAACUAGAGGAUCUAUCACCUUGUUGUGGGAUGCACCACUCAAUGAUGGAGGUGCACGUAUCCACCAUUAUGUAGUGGAAAGACGUGAAGCAAGCCGGCGCAGCUGGCAAGUUGUCAGUGAAAAAUGCACUCGACAGAUCAUUAAGGUAUCAGAUCUUGGAGAAGGUUUGCCAUAUUUCUUCAGAGUUUCAGCAGAAAAUGAAUAUGGUGUGGGUGAACCAUACGAAACUGUAGAACCUAUUGUAGCUACUGAAGAACCAGCACCACCAAAGAGACUGGAUAUUAUUGAUACAAGCAAGACAUCAGUAUCAUUGGCUUGGCUUAAGCCUGACCAUGACGGUGGAAGUCGCAUCUCCUCCUAUUUUAUUGAAAUGAAACAAAAAGGAUCAGAUCACUGGAUUGAAGCUGGUCAAACAAAACUUAUGACUCUGACAGUUGCUAACCUUACUGAAAAUACAGAAUAUGAAUUCCGCGUCCGUGCCAAGAAUGAUGCUGGUUAUAGUGAGCCAAGAGAAGCAUUCUCAUCUGUAAUUAUCAAAGAGCCUCAAAUUGAGCCAACUGCAGAUUUAAGUGGAAUUACUAGACAACAGAUCACCUGUAAAACUGGAAGCAAUUUUGCAAUUGAUAUACCCAUCAGUGGCCGACCAGUGCCAAAGGUAACAUGGAAACUGGAAGAGAUGAGACUCAAGGAAACAGACAGAGUUAGCAUUAAGACCACAAAGGACAAAACAACUCUAACAGUUAAAGACAGCAUGAGAGGUGACUCUGGAAGAUAUUAUCUCACCCUUGACAAUACUGCCGGUGUCAAAACAUUUACUGUUACAGUAACAGUGAUUGGAAGACCAGGUCCAGUCACAGGACCCAUAGAAGUUUCUUCUGUAUCUGCUGAGUCAUGUGUAUUGACAUGGGCAGAACCUGAAGAUGAUGGAGGAACUGAUAUCAAUAACUACAUUGUUGAAAGACGUGAAUCGGGUACAACAAUUUGGCAGCUUGUUAAUUCCGGUGUGAAACGUACACAAAUUAAGGUUACCCGCCUUGUAAAAUACAUGGAGUACACUUUCCGUGUCAGUGCUGAAAACAGAUUUGGUGUCAGUAAACCUCUUGAAUCUUCCCCAAUUGUUGCUGAACAUCCGUUUGUGGCACCAAGUCCACCAACAAGACCAGAAGUAUAUUCUGUUACUAACAAUGCCAUGGGCAUCCGCUGGGAAGAGCCAUACAAUGAUGGCGGAAGCAAAGUUACAGGAUACUGGAUAGAAAAGAAAGAAAGAAACACUAUAUUAUGGGUGAAAGACAACAAACUUCCAUGUUUUGAGUGUAAUUAUAAGGUCACGGGAUUAGUAGAAGGCCUUGAAUACCAGUUCAGAGUAUAUGCUCUUAAUGCAGCUGGUGUGAGCAAAGCAAGUGAAGCUUCAAGACCUGUAAUGUCUCAGAAUCCAGUUGAUCCACCAGGAAAACCAGAAGUUACAGAUGUUACAAGAUCAUCUGUGUCACUUAGCUGGUCUACUCCACUGUAUGAUGGAGGCAGCAAAAUUGUUGGGUACAUCGUGGAACGCAAACCAUUUAAUGAGACUGGAAAUGGUCGCUGGCUGAAAUGCAACUAUACUACUGUUUCAGAAAACAUCUUCACUGUUACUGCUCUCAAUGAGGGAGAGGCUUAUGAGUUCCGGGUACUUGCCAAAAAUGCUUCUGGUGUCAUCAGUGCUCCAUCACAGUCAACGGGUGCUAUAACUUGUAAAGAUGAAUACUCACCACCCAAAGUUGAACUGGACAGCAGACUGCAAGGAGAUGUAACAAUAAGAGCUGGAUCUGAUCUUGUCCUGGAUGCCUCCAUUGGUGGUAAACCAGAACCUAAAGUCUUCUGGUCUAAGGGUGAUAAAGAACUGGAAUUGUGUGAAAAGAUUUCUCUUCAGUAUACCAGCAAACGGGCAGUAGCAAUAGUCAAAUUCUGUGACAGAAGUGAUACAGGAAAAUACACUUUAACUGUUAAGAAUGCCAGUGGAACAAAAACAGCUUCAGUACUUGUCCAAGUGCUUGAUUCCCCUGGCCCUUGUGCUGACAAAAUUACAAUUAGCAGAAUAACAGAUGAGAAGUGUACUCUAUCAUGGAAACCACCUCUAGAAGAUGGAUGUGCAGCUAUUAGCCACUACAUCGUUGAAAGACGUGAAACCAGUAGACUCAACUGGGCUAUUGUUGAACCUGAGUGCCAGACACUUUCAUGUAAUGUGACAAGACUAAUCAAAAACAAUGAAUACAUUUUCCGUUUGAGGGCAGUCAAUAAAUACGGCCCUGGCGUACCUCUCGAAUCAGAGGCUAUAAUUGCAAGAAAUUCAUUUAUUAUCCCAUCACCACCUGGUGCCCCUGAAGCUAUUGGUGUGAGCAAAGACCAUGUCAUUAUUCAAUGGCUUAAACCUGAAUCUGAUGGUGGUAGUGAAAUCAGUACUUAUAUUGUUGAUAAACGUGAGAAGAAGAGUGUAAGGUGGACAAGAGUAAACAAGGACUAUACGAUUUAUGAUACACGGCUUAAAAUCACAGGCUUACUGGAAGGAAGUGAAUAUCAGUUCCGUGUCAGUGCAGUCAAUGCAGCUGGAAACAGUGAACCAAGUGAUUCCUCGCCUUAUGUCCUCUGUAAAGAACCUACCUAUACACCAGCUGCGCCUUCUACUCCACGAGUAGAGGACACUACAAAGACCAGUAUAAGCUUGGCAUGGUCAAAGCCAUUGUAUGAUGGUGGUGCUGACAUUGUGGGCUAUGUCCUAGAAAUGCGAGAAGAUGGAACAGAACAGUGGUACAGGCCACACACAACUGCUACUCUUAGAAACCCAGAGUUUACUGUGACAAGUCUGAAAGCAAACCACAAAUACAUCUUCAGAGUUGCAUCUGUUAAUGCUAAUGGCAUGAGUGACUUCAGUGAAGCAUCUGGUAUAAUUGAGCCAGUUGAACGAAUAGAAGUCCCUGAUCUUGAGCUUGCUGAUGAUCUCAAGAAGAUUGUUACUGUCAGAGCAGGUGGCUCUCUACGUCUCAUGGUAUCUGUUUCUGGAAGACCUUCUCCAGUAGUAACAUGGAGGAAGGAAGGCGUUGACCUUGCAAGUCGUGCCAUUAUUGAUAUUGCUGAUAGCUACACCUUACUUGUAGUUGAAAAGGUUAACAGAUACGAUGCAGGAAAGUACAUUGUUGAGGCAGUUAAUCAAUCAGGCAAGAAGUCCGCAACAGUUGUUGUCAAAGUUUAUGAUUCACCUGGUCCAUGUGGUGCUGUGACAGUUAAAGAGGUAUCUAGAGAUUCAGCUACAAUCACUUUUGAUGUACCUAUACUAGAUGGCGGAGCCCCAGUUAAUAAUUAUAUCAUUGAGAGACGUGAAGCAGCUAUGAGAGGAUUUAAGACAGUCACUACAAAGUGCAAUAAGACCAUUUAUAGAAUAACUGGACUCACAGAAGGAUUAAUGUACUACUUUAGAGUACUUCCAGAGAACAUUUAUGGAAUUGGUGAACCAUGUGAAACAUCAGAUGCUGUUUUGGUUUCUGAAGUGCCAAUGGUUCCACAAAAACUUGAGGUUACUGAUGUUACUAAAUCAACAGUUUCUCUUGCUUGGGAGAAACCACUUCAUGAUGGUGGCAGCAGAUUAACAGGCUAUGCGAUUGAAGCAUGUAGAGCUGAUACUGAUAAAUGGAUGAAGGUUGUUACUCUGAAACCAGGUGCACUUGACUAUACCAUAACUUCACUGAAUGAAGGAGAACAGUAUUUGUUCAGAGUUAGAGCACAAAACCAGAAAGGAAUAUCUGAACCUCGUGAAAUUGUAACAGCAAUAACUGUCCAAGAUCAGAAAGUUCUUCCUUCAAUUGACCUUGCUGGAAUACCACAGAAAACUGUGCAUGUACCAGCUGGAAGACCAAUUGAGCUGGCUAUACCCAUACAUGGUCGUCCACCUCCAACUGUCUCCUGGUUCUUUGCUGGAUCUAAGAUAAAAGAAGUAGAUCGAGUCAAAAUUGAAACUGUAAAUAAAGUAGCCAAACUGACUAUUCGUGAAACUACUAUUAAUGACACUGGAAAUUACACUCUUGAAGUUAAAAAUGCAACAGGAACAGUUGCUGAAGUAAUAAAAGUUGUUAUUCUUGACAAACCUGGACCACCUACUGGACCAAUUACAAUUGAUGAAGUUGAGGCCUCAAGUGUAUCAAUAUCUUGGGAAGCACCACUAAUGGAUGGUGGAGCUACAAUCAGUGGCUAUGUAGUGGAACAAAGAGAUGCCCAUCGUCCUGGCUGGCUACCAGUUUCUGAGUCUGUUACAAGAACAAUGUACAAAUUUACUAGACUCAGUGAAGGAACUGAAUAUGUAUUUAGAGUUGCAGCCACAAACCGAUUUGGGAUUGGUUCCUACUUGCAGUCUGACGUUGUAGAGUGCAAGAGCAAAAUUAGCAUUCCUGGACCUCCAGAAACGCCUCAAGUGUUUGAUGUCUCCCGUGAUGGCAUGACUAUAACUUGGAAUCCACCAGGUGAAGAUGGAGGAUCACAGGUCACUGGCUACAUUGUAGAACGCAAGGAAGUUAGAGCGGACCGAUGGGUUCGUGCCAACAAAGUACCAGUCACAAUGACACGUUAUCGUUCCACUGGACUUAUUGAAGGAUUGGAAUAUGAACAUCGUAUUACAGCUAUAAAUGCAAGAGGAGAUGGAAAACCAAGUUGUCCUUCUAAACCUGCAGUUGCUAUGGAUCCAAUAGCUCCUCCUGCAAAGCCUCAGAAUCCAAGAGUCACAGAUACUACAAGGACAUCUGUUUCUUUGGCAUGGAGUCCCCCAGAAGAAGAGGGAGGAUCUAAAGUUACAGGGUACUUAAUUGAAAUGCAAAAGGUUGAUCAAUAUGAAUGGACCAAGUGUAAUACCACCCCAACCAAGAUCUGUGAAUAUACCCUUACGCACCUACCACAAGGAGCAGAAUACAGGUUCCAUGUGAUGGCUUGCAAUGCUGGUGGACCUGGAGAACCUGCUGAUGUCCCAGGAACAGUCAGAAUUACUGAAAUGCUUGAAUAUCCUGAUUAUGAAUUGGAAGAAAAGUAUCAGGAUGGCCUUACAGUAAGACAAGGAGGAGCAAUCAGGAUCUCUAUUCCAAUAAAGGGCAAACCAAUCCCCAUAUGUAAAUGGACCAAAGAAGGUCGUGAUGUAAACAAGAGAGCUAUGAUUGCAACAUCUGAGACACACACUGAGCUUGUAAUUAGAGAAGCCGUUAGAGAAGAUACUGGCACUUACGAUCUAAUGCUUGAAAACAAAUGUGGCAAAAAGGUAGUUUACAUCAAGGUCAAAGUAAUUGGAAGUCCAGAUACUCCAGAAGGACCAUUAGAAUAUGAUGACAUCCAGGCACGCUCUGUAAGAGUAAGCUGGAGAGCUCCUGCUGAUGAUGGUGGUUCUGAUAUACUUGGCUACAUUGUGGAAAGAAGAGAAGUACCGAAAACUGCUUGGUACACAGUUGACUCAAGAGUGAAGGCAACAUCACUGGUGGUUAAAGGCCUCAAAGAAAAUGUGGAGUACCACUUCCGUGUUUCUAGUGAAAACCAGUUUGGUGUCAGUCGACCAUUAAAAUCUGAAGAGCCAGCAAUACCAAAGACUCCAUUGAAUGUUCCAGAACCACCAAGCUACCCACCAGAAAUUGUAGACAUCACAAAGAGCUCUGUCAGUUUAUCUUGGUCUCGACCCAGAGAUGAUGGUGGUUCUCGUGUCACAGGAUACUACAUUGACCGUAAAGAGUCUACAACAGACAAAUGGGUUAGACACAACAAGACCCACAUUACGACUACAAUGUAUACAGUCAUAGGACUUGUGCCUGAUGCUGAAUAUCAGUUCCGUAUCAUUGCACAAAAUGAUAUUGGUCUAAGUGAGCCAAGCCCAGCAUCUGACCCAGUUAUUUGCAAAGAUCCAUUUGAUAAACCAAGCCAGCCAGGGGACAUUGAAAUUACAUCUGUGUCAAAGGAUAGUAUUACGAUACAAUGGGAGAAACCUGAGUGUGAUGGUAGCAAAGAGAUCCUUGGAUACUGGGUGGAAUAUAGACAGUCUGGAGAAAGCGCCUGGAAAAAAUGCAACAAAGAACGCAUUAAGGACAGGCAGUUCACUAUGGGUGGCUUGCUGGAAGCGACAGAGUAUGAGUUCAGAGUCUAUGCUGAAAAUGAAACUGGAAUCAGCAGACCUCGCAGAACUGUGAUGACCGUAAAGACUAAACUAACAUCUGGAGAAGCUCCUGGAUUGAGACAAGAAAUAAAAGAUGUUACCACGAAAUUAGGAGAAAGUGCAAAACUAACAUGCCAGAUAGUUGGUAGACCACUACCUGAUAUCAAAUGGUACCGUUUUGGCAAGGAGCUUGUACAAAGCCGUAAAUACAAAAUGUCUUCGGAUGGCCGUAGCCACACACUGACUGUCCUAACAGAAGAACAGGAGGAUGAAGGCCUAUAUACUUGUGUUGCUGUAAAUGAUGCUGGAGAAAUUGAGACAAGUGGCAAAUUACUUCUAGCAGCCACACCACAAUUCCAUCCUGGUUUCCCACUGAAAGAAAAAUACAUUGCUGGUGUAGGUACAACUCUUCGUCUCCAUGUAGCAUAUAUAGGCCGACCAGUUCCUGCUAUUACUUGGUUCUAUGGCAAAAAACCAUUGAAAUCUUCUGAAAAUAUAACCAUUGAGAACACAGAACACUAUACUCACCUAGUCAUCAAGAAUGUCCAACACAAGACCCAUGCUGGCAAAUACAAAGUUCAGCUCAGCAACAUUCUUGGAACAGUUGAUACUGUGCUAAAUGUGGAAAUACAUGAUAAACCAGAUAAGCCAACUGGACCAAUGGUAGUAGAUGCUUUACUGAAAAAUUCAGUCGUUAUCAGCUGGAAACCACCAGAGGAUGAUGGUGGGUCAUUGGUGACAAACUAUAUAGUGGAGCGCAGAGAAGCCAAGGAAGGGGAAGAGUGGCAUCUGGUAUCCUCUGCUAUUUCUGGAACAACUUGCAGAAUUGUUAAUCUGAAUGAAAAUUCUGGCUACUAUUUCCGUGUUUCGGCGCAGAAUUUAUAUGGUAUCAGUGAAGCACUGGAGAUUCCAUCUAUUGUAAUGAUUAAGAGUCAAUUUGAAAAACCUGGAGCUCCAGCUCAACCUAUUGUUACUGCAGUUACAAAGGAUUCUUGUGUGGUGUCAUGGAAACCUCCAGUUAGUGAUGGUGGUGCAAAGAUCACUAAUUAUUUUCUUGAAAAGAGAGAGAAGAAGCAGAACAAAUGGAUUUCAGUUACAACAGAAGACAUCCGCGAAACAGUUUAUUCUGUCCAAGGUCUUAUUGAUGGUCUUGAUUAUGAGUUCCGUGUAAAAUGCGAAAACCUUGGAGGUGAAAGUGAAUGGAGUGAGGUUUCUGAACCCAUUGUUCCGAAGUCAGAUGUACCAAUCCGUGCUCCACAGUUUAAGGAAGAACUAAGAAAUCUCAAUGUAAAAUACAAGAGUGCUGCCACAUUUGUCUGCAAAGUAAUUGGUCAUCCCAAACCUGUUGUGAAAUGGUUUAAACAAGGUAAAGAAAUACUUCCAGAUGGAGAAAAGAUAAAGCUGCAAGAAUUCAAGGGUGGAUAUUAUCAGCUAGUUAUCACUAAUGCCACAGAAGAAGAUGCCACUGUUUAUCAAGUCAGAGCCACUAACCAAGGAGGAUCUAUUUCUGCUACUGCUUCCUUGGAUGUGGAAGUUCCUGCAAAAAUUUAUUUGCCCAACCAUCUUGAAGGAAUGGGAGCUGUUCAUGCCCUACGUGGAGAAAUUGUUAGCAUCAAAAUUCCAUUCUCUGGUAAACCAGACCCUGUCAUCACAUGGCAGAAAGGACAAGAUCUUAUUGAUAACAAUGGGCAAUACCAAGUGAUUGUCACUCGAUCAUUUACAUCACUGGUGUUCUCCAAUGGUGUGGAAAGGAAAGAUGCUGGCUUUUAUGUUGUCUGUGCAAAGAACAGAUACGGCAUUGAUCAAAAGACUGUUGAACUUGAUGUAGCAGAUGUUCCUGACCCACCAAGCGGACUUAAAGUUAGUGACAUAUCAAGAGAUUCAGUCAACCUGACUUGGCAACCACCAGCAAGUGACGGUGGUAGUAAAAUCAUUAAUUAUAUCAUUGAAAAAUGUGCUACUACCUCAGAAAGAUGGAUCCGUGUUGCACAAGCUUGUGAAGCUAGAUACACUUUGGUUAACUUAUUUGGCAAGACUAGAUAUCAGUUCCGAGUAAUUGCAGAAAAUAAAUUUGGACAGAGUCAGCCAUCUGGACCAACAGAUCCAAUUGUCACAAAGGAAAAUAAGACAAGAAUGUUAAAUUAUGAUGAUGAAGUAACAGAGAUUGAAAUCUCCAAAACAAAAGCAGAACAUUCAUCUACAAAAAUGCUUCAUGAGAGAUUCUCAAUUGCUGAAGAACUUGAACGUGGACAAUUUGGCAUUGUACAUCGUUGCAUUGAAAAUUCUUCAAAGAAGACAUAUUUAGCCAAGUUUGUAAAGGUUAAAGGUGCUGAUCAAGUAUUAGUAAAGAAAGAAAUUUCUAUACUAAAUGUUGCCCACCAUAGGAACAUGUUAUACCUUCAUGAAUCAUUUGAGAGUCUUGAAGAACUUGUUAUGAUAUUCGAAUUUAUCUCUGGUAGCGACAUUUUUGAAAGACUCAAUGUGUCAGGAUUUGAACUAUCUGAAAGGGAGAUCGUGUCAUAUGUACGCCAAGUAUGUGAGGCACUUGAGUUCCUUCAUGCUAACAGCAUUGGGCACUUUGACAUCAGACCAGAGAACAUUAUUUAUACCACAAGGAAAAGCUCAACUAUUAAAAUUACUGAAUUUGGACAGGCAAGGCAACUAAUACCUGGUGACAGCUUCAGAAUUCAGUUCAGUGCACCUGAAUAUUAUGCACCGGAAGUGCAUCAGCAUGAUUUGGUCAGUUCAGCAACUGACAUGUGGUCCCUUGGUACACUUGUAUACAUACUUUUAAGUGGGCUUAAUCCUUUUGCUGCUGAAACAAACCAAAAGAUGAUUGAAAAUAUCACUAAUGCUGAAUAUAACUUUGAGGAUGAAGCAUUCAAGGAUAUGUCACUAGAAGCCUUUGACUUUAUUGACAGGCUUAUACUAAAAGAUAGAAAGGCUCGCAUGACUGCUUCUGAAGCUCUUGAACACUCCUGGUUAAAACAAAAGACAGAAAAAGUCAGCACUAAAGUUAUUAAGACAUUAAGACAUAGACGUUAUUACCAAAGUCUCAUUAAGAAAGAAUGGAAUUUUGCAGUCUCUGUUGCCCGUAUUUCUAGUGGUGGUGCCAUACGAUCCCAGAAGGGAGUCACAGUUGCUAAAGUAAAAGUUGCUUCAAUUGAAAUUGGCCCAGUAACUGGACUGAUCACACAUGCUGUGGGAGAAGAAGGAGGAUAUGCCAAAUUUUCAUGUAAAAUUGAAAACUAUGACCAGUCUACAGAGGUGACGUGGUACUUUGGUAUACGACAGCUAGAAAGCAGUGAUAAAUAUGAAAUCAGUUAUAAUGAAGGCAAUGCCAGUAUCUAUGUAAAAGACAUCUCUAAAUCUGAUGAUGGUACAUACAGAUGCAAAGUAGUUAAUGACUAUGGUGAGGACAGUUCAUAUGCUGAAUUGUUUGUUAAAGGUGUCAGAGAACAAAGCAAUUACUACAGAUGCAGGACAGUGAAGAAGGUUAAACAUAGAGUUGAUGCAAUGAGACUUUUGGAGAGACCACCAGAGUUUACACUUCCACUAUUCAACCGUACCGCCUAUAUUGGUGAAAACAUCAGAUUCGGUGUAACAAUAACAGUCCAUCCUGAUCCACAUGUGACAUGGCUGAAAUCAGGCCAGAAAAUCAAACCAGGUGAUGAUGAGAAGAAAUAUACUUUUGAAUCUGACAAAGGAUUGUACCAGCUUAUCAUACAUAAUUUAGCAACAGAGGAUGAUGCUGAGUAUACUGUAGUGGCAAAGAACAAAUAUGGUGAAGACAGCUGCAAAGCCAAACUGACAGUUGUGCCUCAUCCAGCAGCAUCAGACAAUACUUUGAGACCAAUGUUUAAACGACUGCUUGCAAAUGCUGAAUGCCAAGAAGGACAAUCAAUCAGGUUUGAAAUCAGAGUAUCUGGUACUCCAAAACCAACAUUGCAAUGGGAGAAAGAUGGUCAGGCUUUGAGUCUAGGUCCUAACAUUGAAAUAAUUCAUGAAGGUCUAGAUUACUUUGCUCUCUUCAUUAGAGAUACACUGCCAGAAGACUCAGGCUACUACAGAGUAACUGCUACCAACAGUGCUGGCUCCACAAGCUGCCAAGCUUAUCUAAAGGUGGAACGUAUGAGAUAUGUCAAGCAUGAAUUCAAGUCUGAAGAAGAACGUAAAGUACACGUUCAAAAGCAGAUUGAUAAGACACUAAGAAUGGCAGAAAUUCUUGCUGGAGCAGAUUCAGUUCCACUGACACCAGUUGCACAUCAAGCUCUAAGAGAAGCAGCUCUCUUAUAUAAGCCAGCUGUCAGUACCAAAACUGUUCAAGGAGAAUAUGAUAUUAAGAAAGAAGUGGUAAAGAAAGAAGCUCAAGUCAUCCGCAUGCCAUAUGAAAUUCCAGAACCACGUGUACGUUCUGCAGCUGCACUUGAGGAAAAUCAAACUAUUAAGCAGUUUGUUCCACUGUCUGACAUGAAAUGGUAUAGAAAGUUAAGAGAUCAAUUUGAAAUGCCGGAGCCUCUUGAGCGCAUUGUUCAAAAGCGCCCCAAACGUAUUCGCCUUUCAAGAUGGGAGCAGUUCUAUGUUAUGCCUCUUCCACGUAUUACUGAUCAAUAUAAGCCUAAGUGGAGCAUUCCUAAAUUAUCACAGGAUGAUCUUGAAACCGUGAGACCUGCUCGUCGCCGUACACCUUCACCCGAUUAUGAUCAUUACUGUAGAGCAAGAAGGCACUCUCUUGGAGAUGCGUCUGAUGAUGAACUGCUCCUCUCAGUUGAUGACUAUUUAGCUAUGAAAAGAGUUGAAGAGGAAAGACUGCAACUGGAAGAAGAGCUGGAAUUAGGCUUUUCUGCUUCUCCUCCAAGUCGUAGUCCCCCAAGAUUCGAGCUGUCAACCCUUCGCUAUACCUCCCCAACUAGAACAGAAAAGAGAAGUGGAGCAAAAUACUCAAGUUACCAAGUCCCAACCAAAACUGAAACAGUAACCAGCUAUGCAGAUCUUAGAGAACGUUAUGAGAAAGCUAAACCACCUAAACAAAAACAAAGAAUCAUUGAUGAGAGAGAGGAUGAAGAAUUACUUCGACCUUACAGCACACCUCAAAGGAUUUCACAGUAUGCAAGGGAUCUUGAGUACAUGGAAAAAGCAGAAAAAUCUAGAGUACAAACUAGAAGAGAAAUAACUCAUGUAGAAGAAGAAACUGAGUCACUACAAGUCACAAAGCAUGGGCGCAAAACAUCUCCAAAGGCUACCAGACUGCUUGGAAGAAGAUCUCUUUCUCCAACCUAUAUAGAAUUAACGCGCCCUGUAUCAGAACUAAUCAGGUCACGUUCCAAGCCAGCUGAAAUUCAUGAACCUGAAAGAGCAAGGCCACGGUCACCUAGCCAAGUUUCUAGUGAAAAAUCUCUUUCUCGUUUUGAGAGAACAGCGAGGUUUGAUAUAUUUUCAAGAUAUGAAUCUAUGAAAGCAGCUCUGAAAACUGAAAAGACCUCUGAAAGAAAAUACCAAGUAUUGACUCAACAGCCUUUCUCACUAGACCAUGCUCCUCGUAUAACAUUACGAAUGCGUUCUCAUCGUGUGCCUGUUGGCCAAAACACCAGGUUUAUACUGAAUGUUCAGUCAAAACCAACAGGUGAUGUGACAUGUUAUCAUAAUGCUAUUGAAAUCCAGGAAAGUAGCAAGAUUCAUAUUAGUAAUGUAAGUGGUGUAGUAACUCUAGAAAUUAUUGAUUGCCAGCCUGAAGACAGUGGAACAUACCGUGUAGUGUGCUCAAACUACAAAGGUGAAACUUCUGACUAUGCAACAUUAGAUAUUGCAGGCAGAGAUUUUACAUCAUUCGUGCCUAAGCGCAAAGAUGAUGUUGUGCCUAAGGCAGCCUUUCCUGAAUUAUUAAAAUCAGAAGAUUAUGCCAUCUCAUCUUUUAAGAAAACUUCAGCAAUGGAAAGUAGCUCUGAAAGAAGAGAGGUUAGCUCACAAGUAACCUCCUUUAGAGAAUCUAAAGAAUCAUAUGAGUUUUAUGCAUCUGAAGGAAAGCAGAUUUCUGCCUCUGAAGCAAAAGCUCUGGAAGAAAGAGUUGUUCACAGGAAGUUUAAAACUUCAGAGCCAGCAAAAAUAUUGACAAAGCCACAGUCAAUCACAGUUGCUGAAGGUGACAGUGCUAGAUUUUCAUGUGACUUUCAUGGUGAGCCAACUCCAACAGUUACAUGGUCACAUGCUGGACAAACAAUUGUGUCUUCUGUGCGUCAUUUGGUGACAUCAACAAAAUACAGGUCAACAUUUGAAAUAAUCUCUGUCAACUCGUCUGAUGAAGGUAGCUACACAGUAGUAGUUGAGAAUUCUGAAGGAAAACAAGAAGCACAUUUUACUUUGACAAUUAAACGUGGAAAAGUGGCAGAAAAGGGUGUUACAGCUCCACCAAGAGUAAAAUCUCCAGAAACACACAAAAAAUCCCAUGAGUCUAUAAAGUCACCAAAAACAGAAAAAUCCCCUGAACCAACUACAGGUCCAACUACAGAUCUUAUGAAAGAACCUGUCAAGCAGGUUGUAUUACAAGCAGUCAAGGAAGUCAGCCUGCAGGAAGAUUUCUCCUUCCAGGCAAUGAAACUGUCUGCUUCCAGGCAAGAGGCAUCUUUCAGCGGCAUCUCAGAGCCAAAGAGCAUGUCUUCAAAAAGUGAGGCAUCAUUUGUUGAAAUGAGUUCAAGUAGCUUUAUGGAAAAAUCUAGUGUGAUGCAGAUGGAGAGUUUAUCUAGCAGAAUGCUUACAGCUGGUUUUAGAGGAUCAUCACCCAAAAUUGAAGCUCUUCCAAAUGAUGUUAGCAUCGAUGAAGGAAAAGUACUUACCCUGGCUUGUGCCUUUUCUGGAGAACCCAUACCAGAUAUUGCAUGGUCUAAGGCUGGAAAUGCGGUUCCCACUCAAGAUCAAAAGAGCAGAGUUCACGUUGAAACUUCUGAAGACCUAACCACUCUUAUUAUCAUGGAUAUUCAGAAGAAGGACGGUGGACAUUACAUCCUUAACUUGUCAAACGAUUUCGGAUCUGAUUCUGCAUCUGUGAUAAUUAAUGUUCGAACACCUUAAUUACUUUAUUGUUUACAUUCGCAUGUAAUUUUACAUGUGAUUCACUAGGACUAGAUUAACUGAUUUGUAAAUAUAAAAGCUAUUUUUAUACCUACCUAUAUAAGACAAAGUCAAAAGAUUUACAUUAUCACACAAUUCUAUUUGAAUAGGGAAAUUGAAACAUUUGUAAUUGUACAUACUGUAUAUAGCCGAGUUUACCGGUUAUGGAGAUUUGUACCAUAUAUUUUAUGAUGUUUUAAAAUGAAACUGGAACCAACGGUAGGCAGGAGAAUGUUUCCUAGGAGGCGAAUACCUUGCCUAUCAUUAAACUAUGUGCCUCAACUCUACGUUGAUGUCUAAGCAAACCUCAGCAGGUUGAGAAACUCCCUGCUGAAGACAAACCUACACCCAAGAGAGGAUGCUCUACACAAACUAUGCGAAAUCCAAGUAUUUGGAAGGAAUUACUGUAAAUAUAAGGUGUUGCUUGCAACUACCCUUCUGCAAGCAACACCAAAAUAUUUACAUUAUUUACAGAUAAUGGCUAAUAACCAUUUUACAGAGACAAAACUUUUUGUAUGUUCAAAGUGCAAGCGGCCAAGCACUUUGUUCAUAAAAAAACUCUCAGCACUUUUACUGACACAUUGACUCCCUUAGCUUGCUUCAGAGUAACAUCACCUGGCCAUACCCUCAACAAAGCAGGCUAAGGUACUCAAGUGCAGAAUCAGUGCUGACUUCUGGAGGUUUAUUGGGUGCAGUGAUUGUGUGUAGUAGAAUAGGGACUAUAUUAUAUGUUGUGAAAACAGGGCAAAUAAGUGAUGUACCCCAGCUUUUCAGGCUGUUGAUAAGAACUUUCAAAUGCCCUUCACUUCAUCAUUAUUUAAUGUUUUACUCAUUUUUAUUGUAGCAUUUUUAUUUAUUGAACCUCCCGAAGAUAGCUCUUUGAUUGCAAUAAAGCAUGUUUUCUGCACCAUUA